AUGCAGUCAGACGGUAAGGUGUCUAUUCUUUGAUUCAGUGUUCUUAGCAUCAAAUUGCCAGCCCAUAAUUUAAUUCAGAUUUACCCUUUCCAGGAAAAAUACAGUUAGGGGUGCUUCCAGGUAACCUGUUUAUUCAUUCUGAUUUGUUUGCAGGGAGUUUAAAUGCUGUGGCUAUUUAAUUCCUUCUGAUUUGUUUGCAGGAUAAUGUGUAAAAGCAGGUAUUACCUCACACUUUCUAGUGCAGUUAUAACAAGUCUGAUCUGUUGAGAAAGCCAGUUCGUUGCGCGAGACCUCCCAAUAAACUACUACAACUGCAAAACCUGACUCUGCCAGUAUAUUAUCAAAUCCCAUUCAAAAAGAGUGACAGUCUGGAAGCACCCUAAGUUGAGAAAAAGACCUGUUGCCAACUACCCAUUUUCAAUAUCUGACCAACCCUUUACAAUAUUAAGCCCCCUUCUGGAAGCCCCAUAGGGUAUUGCUUAAGAACUAGGGAGAUCUGAGUUCUGACCCUCAGCUAAACUUAGAGAGCUUUUGGACAAGAGCUUAAUAUUUUAAGGGAAGUCUGGAUACCACAGGCAAGUGGUUGGAAACAGGUUUGGGGUUUUUUUUAAUUUAUGAGAUUAUCCCCAGGAAAGUUGUAAGUCUAGGGAUUAAACUGGGUGGGCAGAAAUACUGCUAACAGUGGCAAAAUAGGUCAGUGCAUCUGACAGUUAACCAGAAGGUUGGUGGUUGGAGUCCACGAAGAGAUGGCUGUGGACAGGAUCCCUGUAUCGCAGAGUUUUGGACUGGAUGACGCUCAGGGUCCCUUCCAAUUCUACGAUUCUAUGACUCUGCAAAAAUAUAUAGAAUAAAAUGUGUAUGCAGGAAGAACCCACACCCCACAAUAAGCACCCUAUAAACCUCAGCGUUCUAAGACUACCCGCCAUGCUAGUCUUCAUCCUGAUGUGUUUCCACUUAAUGAUUUCAGGGCCAACUCGGCCAUGAAGUGGACGGAGGCAGCUGCUUCAGGCGGCGAAACCGCAAGAGGUGGCACGCAAUCUGCCCUGUUGCUGGCAGAGAAGCGACAGUGGCACCAGCGGCUUUCAGUGUGAAAUCUUGCAAGAUCUCCCAGAAAUUUCAUGAGAUCUUACGCACUGCACAGGAUCUCACCACAACCCGCUGCCGCCACUGUGCAACCCAGGUAAUGGAGGCUUGGGCAGGGGUAGAGCAAGGCAUGGCACUUUCCUGGUUUUCUUCGGGUAGCAAAACAGGACACACUGCCCUUGCAUAACUUAUCAUUUCCCUUUUGUUGUUUGGCUGCUUCUUUUUUUCAAAAAAGGAAGGUGAAACACAGUGGAGUGGGAAGUAAACAUGUAAACCAGGGAUGGGGAACAAUCCUCAUCCACGAUAUGUGUCAUUGCCUGUGGUACCUUCCUCAACUUGGUGUCCUGAAGAUGUUGUUGGACUACUACAGCUCCCAUCAUUCUUGACCUCUGGCCAUGGUAGCUGGAUGUGAUGCGAGUGGAGAGUUAAAAACAUGGAGAGAGGGGGAAGGAAUGACGACAACAGAUUUCCCAUCCUUAUCAACAACUGAGGGUGUGAUGUUGCACGUGAGCUGCAAUAGAAAGGCUAACCGCUAUCGCUGCACUGCAGAAGCGUUUCUGUUUUAAUUGCCUUGCAGAAUGUUAACUUGAAACCGUCGUCCUUCCACAGAACGGGCACUGCUCAAUAAAGAAGCAUAAUUAAUAAGGAUUCAGGGGUAACAGGGCAUGGACUGACAUAGAAUCAUAGAACAGUGGAAGGGACCCUAAGGAUCAUCCAGUCCAACCCCUGCAAUGCAGGAGUAAGCGGCUAUCCCAUAAUACGAGAUCAAACCUGCAACCUCGGCGCUAUCAGCACUGUGCUGUGUUCUAACCAACUGAGCUAUCCAGCUGGCAACCUUAACGAGCGAGGAAGCUACAGCCGUUUGCGCUGGGACUCCGAGGCAACGCAGCUGCCUCUGCACGGAGUCGAAAGCAGCCGGGCUUCUUCCUGGGCGCGAGCCGAGCUCACGCCGCCGCCCCCUCCGCCCCUGCCCGGCCGCUUCCUUGCACAUUUGUUUUCCCACGCGCACCAGCUCCCCUCCGCCCUUCCACUCGAGCGGCGGCAGCGAGUCACUUUUGUUUUUCUCGGGACUUCCUCGCAACUUCCUCCCCGCCGUCGGGCUGGGCAGCGUGGUAUCUGCGGGGCGUGGAGGGCGAUACCAAGCGCGGCGCAGCAGCGGGAGGCGCCAACUCGCUCCCAGCCCCAGCCCGGCCGCUUGGCAGAGCCGCGCUGCCCCGUCCCUGCAGGCGAGCCCUCCCGCGGCGGAGGAGACACGGAGGGCAGGUGAGGAAAAGGCGACGCGGAGCGGGCGCGCGGGAGCCGAGAGCCGCCUUGCUAAGCCGCUACCCCUCCCGGGCCGCGCGUGGUCCGCCCCCUAAUCCAAUAUGAGCGCGGCUUCUUUUCCCCGUCGGGCGUAAACCAGCGCGGAGGCUGCGAGCGGUUCCCGAGGGCUCGGCGCGCGGUAGUACUCGGCUGUGCGCGCUAUGGGGAAGUGAGCGCUGCUGGGCGCCCGGCCCUUUUUACGCGCCUGGCAACUUCUGUCUCUCAGACGCACUUUUCUUUCUCUCUAUCUUCCUCCGCUUCCUCCUCCCCUCCCUUCACUUGGGCCGCUCGUUUCCUUUCAGGCUGCAUCUGCUGCUGCCGCCGCUGCCUCCUCGCCCUUCCCGCUCUCCCUCGCCCGGCUCCCUUCCUCGCCGACGCCGAGGCGCGGCUGCAGCUGCGAGGGAGCAGAAGCCAGCCAGCGAGCGAAAGGCGGACUCGCCCGUCGCAAGCAGCUCCCAUCUUCCCGGUCGGUCUCGGGGCCCCACCGCGCCCUGCGAAGAGCGAGGAAGAAGAGCGCGCAGCAGCCGCGAGUCCGGUAAGGGGGCUUUGGAGCGGGCUGGCGGGGUCUUCGUCCUCUCUCGGCUCGGUUGUUUUCUGGACCGGCCUCUCCCUCGCCAAGGCGACUCUUUGAACCGAGUGGGGAACUUUCCUUGCUUUUGCAGCCAUGUCACGGGACUCGAACCGGAGGCAUUGCAUUUUGGCAGGUAUCCUCGCGCAAAAAAGAGAUGCCCAGACACGUAAGACGAGGCGGGGUUGACCGCUGUGGAGCGAGGUGUGUUCUCACAAGCCUCUGGGCCAACUUGAAUUAAUGUGGCCAGUUCGGGAAGAAAAGAGCUUUACACCCUUCUUAGGCUGCCUUCCAGGAUUCCUGGCAGCAGCUUUUAUCCCACCCCCACCCCGGUGUGUGCUUGGUUUCAAUUCAUUUUGCAACAACGCUGUGGUGUUUUUGUUUUUGGCUGCCGCUUCGUGAUUCGUGGUUGUUGAGGCAAACUCCUACAUUUCUCUCUUUCCUGAGAGAGAGAGACUUGGUUCACUAGGGAGAAGAAAGGCUCUUCCAACUUCAUCCUGCACCCGGGGUGGGGGGGAAACCUGUGGCCCUCCCGAUGAUUUUGGGACUACAACUCCCAUCACUCCUGACCGUUGCCCGUGCUGGCUGGAGCGAGAUGGAGACGCAUAUGGGUUCCCCACCCCUUGUAGACGCCAGUACUUGGAGGCACUUUCUCUACCCCACCCCCACCCCCUGCUUUCUGAAAGGUGACAGUCCUUUGCUUUGGGCUGUAGGAAAUAGAAAUGUGUGGUCUUUUGUGACUGUGAGCAUGCAAGCUGUCCCAUGCCGCAAAAGAAUACUAGCAUUAAAGUUAUUCAGUACCCACAAGGCAUGUGUUAAGGGUAGUUAAUAUUUGACUGGUCAAUGUACAAAUGCAUAAAUAUUAAGCUGCUACUAACUUCAAAACAAAGACUCCUAGCUGCUGUUCUCCAAACUGUCUUGUCAAAACCUCUUGUUCCCCCCUUCCUCUUAAAACACAGAUCUGACUUCUUCCAGAUGUGUAUAUUGAUAAGAGAGACAGUUAUAAAUCUAGGGUUUGCGAAGGAAAUUUCAAUGAACCCUUGUAAACUGUUUCUGGUUGAAUUGGCUAGAUAGUUUAUGGAGACAACAUACUUGAGCUUCUGAAAAGAUCUUUGACAUUUGGAGUUUCUUAGGGAAUGACGUGUAAAAUAAUCCACUUGUCCUUUUCAAACAGCUUUCCAUACAAACAGAUUUAACGACAGAAUAAGCAGCAAAAUGUAGCCUGUCAGCAUCUGAAAUAACACUCUCCUCUCCUUGUGAGUUCGCAUAACAGCUAGAUGACUUUGCAUCUCUCUUGAGGAUAUAUCUCUAGCUUAAACUCAUCUAAUUCUUAUAAGUAGCACUAAUUUCAGUGGAAACUAUUUGAAUAUCUCUGUACUUAGGAUCACAGCCAUCAAGACUUGUUUGUUUGUUUUAAAUGAUUUCUAUGCAGCUUUUUACUUACACACACAAAAAAAGUGCCAGGGUGCUUCACAUCAUUAAAAAAAGAGAAAACAAUCCAUCAGUAAUUGAGUAAUUUUACUCAGUAUUAAGUCCUGCUCAGAUCAGUGGAGCCUGCUGGCAAGUCUGUAUUUAUAGCAUUGUUAUCCAUAAUAUGUGUUCAUGAAAUAUUGGCAGCAGCAACAGAAAAGCUUCCAAUGGGCAUGUCAGGCAGUGCAAAUGCUUCUUGCAAUGAAAGGGACUGGGGCAGCUCACUAGUCCAGUCCUUACAUUAGCAACACAUUCUGCAAGUUAAGGCGCCAUCUUGAGCUCGAACCUUCCAGUGUUUGAAAUUAAGCUAUAGUGUUGGGAGCACAGGGAAUGUUCUGUAAACCAUUAUUGUGAUAAAGCUUGCCUUGCAUGGGUUCUUGCCAAUGUCCCAUCAGUGCUUCCUGCUGCCACUAAAAAAGAAAAGCCGUGACAACAGUUAAUCUGCUAUGACUUUGAAGUGCCCUGCCUACUGGUCUUUGAGAACUGCUUUCUGGCUUGUAUGACUGACCCAUGCCUGUUGCACACACAUAUAUAUGUGCUUUUGCAAGCUCCAGACUGUCUGGGUACAAGUCAAUCCAAAAAAGGUUUAACUGACUGAGUAGUCAACAUCCUCCUUUUAUCAGGGAAAAUCCAACCUAGGCUUGUCCCACCUGCCCCUCAGUUGUCUGGAUGUCCCUCCUCAUGGAGCCUGUUCCUCAUAAAUUCUCAGAUCUUGGUCUAGUUCCAGUCUUGAUGUAGAUUGUGAAGUCUUCCGGAGGAAGGGUCCCUGUCACGUGUGAGUUUUGUAUAGUGGCACUAAACAAUUCUUUUACAGGAGAGGCAUGAAGAGGACCCUGAGAUUCUCAAUUUUAGUGUGUUGAUAAUUCAGUACGUCAGUUGCCUUUUGCACUUAGUGGUUGUGGUGCUUCUGUGCAUCUCAUACAAGCAAAUUUAAGAAUGACGGAGUCCUCUUCUCUCAAGGGGUACAUGAUUCAGUGGAAAGGGAAUGUUCCAGAGAAGUAGACCUGAGCUAUAAGAAAGAAAUUAGUUUGCGUCACAUUUCUUUUCUGGCGGAAGCAGAAAUGCUAGUUAGAAGUAUUUGACUCCUAUUAAUGUGAUGCUGAUGAGCAUUUCCAGUACUUUGAAAAUUGUUUUUAACUGCAAGAAAGUAACCAUUUGAGUUUAAUGUGACAGAAGAUCUCAGAGCAUUGCUUAUGGAUUUGUAAUUUACUUGCUGAAAUAAGAUGAUUUAUCCCAAAGCAAAGUCAGUUAAAGGAGAAAAUAGUUUAGCGUCAGUUCUUUCCAGCAAGAGAAACACUUGCUGAUUAUAGCCCAACAAAUCUGGAAAGUACCUAUUUUGGGAGAGAAUCUGUGGUUAUAUUGCCCAUCUUUCCCCCCCCCCCCAAUUAAAUCCUGUUGUAAUUUUCUAAUUUUGGAAUACUCAGAAAAACUCUUUGCGAUCGUGCAGUCCUAUGCAUGUCCACUUAGGAAUAAGACCAAAUAAGUUCAAUGAGGCUUACUCCCAGGUGAAUGUGUAUUGGCUUUGUAGCCUCAAAGUGCAUUUGUAAGCAUGUGUGCUCGGGAGCAAGUUGCAUUGAAUUCAAUUUACUCCCAGGUAAGUAGAGUUAGGGUCUGCUUAAUGUGUUUUUUAUAUCCCUAUGAUCUUGCUUAAUUUUGCAAAGGCUAUAAAUGAAAGCCUUGCAUUCUGCUCUGUUCACUUACUCCCACUGAAACCAGUUUGGGUUUCUGCUAUAUAACUGAUUAUAGAAUUCCAUCUGAAAACUAGCUUGCGGAAAAUAUUAAUUCCUUAAGAAAGAAGACUUUGAAUGUUCUGGGAAAUUGUGAUGUAUUAUGGGUGUUAAUUUGUAGUAAUUGGAAUUGUUUUUCGUUACUGGAUUGAAAGAUCAAUUAUUUUGUUGUUAUUCGGCAAGCUUUUAAGUUUCUGAUAUUUAAUAAUACUUCAUCUUGAGUCAAAUAUAUAUAUACCUUUAGGGCAUAUGAGGCAAUGAGAAGCGAGGGAGCUUAACCCUCAGUAGAGUUAAUUUCUGCUGGCAAGAUGUCAUUUAUCUCUUGCUCAGGUUGACCGUAUUAGUAAGGUAAUGUUGGCUACCCCUGGUGGCUGAGCUAUAAAUUCUUUACCAAUGCAAAAAGGCUUUUGCAUGCAGAAACCCAUCAAUUAAACUUCAAUGAGCAUUGCAUGUUUUAAGUUAAUUCUGGAUUUUUCGGUAUUAUGCCUGUUUGCAAUCGAACAAAUGUGCAAGACAACAAAUGAUCUUCACUCUAGCAGCUUAUUGCUAAUUGCAAAUCUCUGUUGGCAUAUUGAUUUUACAUGUGCUUGCUUGCUUUGAUUGAUGUAGUCCAAAGUCUUCCUCUAGUUGUCAUCUUCCAUACCACAGAGAAAAAGCGAAAGAAAAAAUUGUGAAAGAAUAUUAAUGGGGGUGGAAUGCUUUCCUCCCCUCCUUCCAAGAGUAAAGAAAAAAGCAAACUAUAAAAAGUAACCGGAGGGAGAACUAUUGAUUGAUUGCUACACAUGGGACAUGGAACCUUCAGGUGCCUACUAAUUUUGGCUGAACGUGCUUCUUUGUGAUCUCUGAAUUCAUUAGUGCUGCGGCAUUCAUGUCUGAAAACUAAGUAGCUUUUUCAUAGGGGAAGUGCAUUAAUUCCCCCAGAGUGCACUAUCUAGGGCAGGUAGUUCCAGCUAAAAUAUUACGUAUUACUCAUAAUUGGAAUAAUGAGGCCUAUCAGUCUUACAGAAAGCCAAACUGCCUACCAAAACGUGGGAUAGCUCAGUCGGUAGAGCAGAAGUCUCUUAAUCUCAGGGUCUUGUGUCCAAGCCCCACGUUGGGCAAAAGAUUCCUGCAUCACAGGGGGUUGGGCUGCUAGAUGGCCCUUGUGGUCCCUUCCAACUCUACAAUUCUGUGAUCUCUGAUGUCUAACAAACAGAAUACUUUGUUGUCUAGAUAAAAACGGGCACCUUCCCAGUCAAUAGAGGCAGGGUAGGAAACCUGUGGUUAUUCAGAUUUUGCUGGAUUAAAACUCCAUUCAUCAUUGACCAUUGACCAUCCUGGCUGGGGGCUAAUGGGAAUUGGGACAUUUGAAACUUCCUUACAAAUGAAUUGUACUGAGGAAAACACAUUCUCCCCCACGUUGUAACUUCAAAUGACUAUGAUGGUGUUGGGGACCAUUCUGGUUGACCAACAGACUCUCCAGUCAUAGAACCACUAUCAUGUGACUUUUAAACACACAAGAGUAUGAGUAACCAAAUUUACUUGACCACUCAGUUCUAACUGCUUCACUCCAGUUAUAAUAUACUUUAUUUUAAUUAAAGUAGCUUUAAGAAAUAACGCUAGGGUUCUGUGCACAUGUUCCUCAGUUACUCUACGUGGCUUUCCAAACCACUUGAGCUGCGACCCUUUUUCUCUGUCAUAUUGGAAAUAAUACAUAAGUACCGUAUUUUUCACUCUAUAAGACACACUUUCCCCCUCCUAAAAAGUAAGGGGAAAUGUGUGUGUGUGUCUUAUGGAGCAAAUGCAGGCAGGAGGCUCUGCUCAGUGCUCCCUUUAAAGAGCCACAUGGAGCAUGUGUGGGGCUCUUCAGGGCUUUCCCCCGAGGAUGGAAAAGGGCUGCCCUUCUCCCUCCUUGGGGAAAAGCCCCCAAGAGCCGCACACACACUCCGCACGCUCUUUAAAGGGAGUGCAGCUCUUGGGGGAGCCUUAGCUGCACGCAGCCUCUCCCGGGCAAGGGGAGCCUUCAUCCCCUGCCUGGGAGAGGCUGCGCGCGGCUAUCCCAUAAGCCAGGACAGCAAGCGGGAUCGCUGAGCAGCGAUCCCGCUUGCUGUCCUGGCUUAUGGGAUUCAGAAUGUUUUUUUUUCUUGUUUUCCUCUUCCAAAAACUAGGUGUGUCUUAUGGUCUGGUGCGUCUUAUAGAGCGAAAAAUACGGUAGCUCAAAAGGCAAAUGUAUACAAGCAACAGAAGACUUUGCAGGAAUCUGAGUUCUGAAUAACUCUGGGCCAAAUUUAAAAAUAAAUAAAUACUGGGGGGAAAUAUUUAUUUCAGAAAACCAGGACACAAAUUAAAGCAUAGUUGAAAGUUUGAAACACACACACACACACACAUUCCUGCAGUUUCACACUGUCCUAUUUUAGACAUCAAAGGCUGGAAAAUAAGGCAGACAAAUACACAAGUUUGCAACACUCUUCCUUGGCUCACGAUAAAAAGAUCAGUGAUUUGCCUUUGCUUUUCAAACUUAAGAGGUUUGGAAGUACAUUCAUCUGAUGGGUGUAAAAAAAAGCAACAAUAUUGACCAAAGCAGGAGCUGUGCAUACCUCUGUGCUUAAGAUGAAAUGAGAUUAUAGGGGCUUCUUUAAUUGUUGUGGUCUUGCAUCCUAAUUGGAGUCUAUCCAUCCACAAGAAAUUGUUUGACAGUCUUCCUAAUCACAACAAGUUACAUGUUAUUUAGACAAAUUAGAUAGGAGAUUAGGUAGAAAAAGGUGCCGCCACUCUAAUGGGCAGGAAGGCAUACCACUGUAUUUCAUAAGAGGGAGGAAAUCUUCCACUGUGGCCUUAAAGUGGUUUCAUAAUCAAUAUAAAUAUUUUAAAGUAGUAGAAGUGCAUGCUGCAAUUGUUUGCUGAUAAAGAAUUCAAAUUAAAGCCAAAUGCGUUGUGUACCAAGUGCAACAUCCUUAGUUGCCAGAGCAACACACUGUAGUGUACUUUGUGAGUUGAAAAAAAUUAGAACCAAUAAGCCAAGAAAGUUUGGGUAGAGGCACUUUUAAUGGCGUAUCCUAUCUGGAGAACAUCUGGGGCCUGGUUAGCCUUGAACUUCAGUCUUCCAUGUAAAUAUACAGCAAGCAGGCCAGAACAUGAAUUGGAUUUGUCUUCAAGAUGGCAGUAGGUUUGCUUAAUGCAGUAUAAUACCAAUAUGUUUAGAUAUUCAAUGUGUGUGUGAAGACUUCUGAGAGUGACUGAUAGGAAUUUUAACAGUAAGUUGAAAUGUUGUGUGCAAAGAAUAAUCUGAGAUUCAGUAGAAAAGUUGAAAAAAUGGGAGACUUCUGUAUCUAAUGGUCAAAAUGCACAGCAGACUCCUAAGUAAUAGUCCACGCCACACCAGCAGUGAACGAACCAAACCGCAUGGAACACAAAAUGCCUCAGACUUUAGUAGCAAUCCAAACACCUAGAUUUUAAGACUGUCAGUCAUAUUUUCUAGUAGUUCUGUAUAUCAGUGCAUACACUGUUGCAAGCACAUCCUUUAAACGGGGGGUGGGGAGCCGUAUUAUGAGCAGACCUGAAUCAGAUUCUCUUCACACAUUACUCAGAGCUGUGAGGCCAUGUGGUUGCUCAUCUCCCUCUUACCCAUUACAUGUUGAGUAAUUUCUGAACUGAGGAGCAUUUUCUAUUCCUGUAGGCUCGCUGUGUGGUUUAGGGCCCUGUUUGAGGAUUCUAAAUAUUUCACUGAUAGAAAAAGCUGCUUCUUCAGAAGCUAUCCUUCAGCCCUGGAGGGGAUAUUGAGGAGCUGUGCAACCUCAGGGGCAGAACUAAAUGUCCAGACUUAUUGCCCCUUAUGUGUUGCCCGUUCACUCAAAUAACACACCAGGAGGGCUCUUGCACUGAGUCCAAUGUGUAGGCAACAGCAUGGGAACGAAGAGAAAGGGAAAUCUUGCUGGGAGGGGAGAUUACCUGUAUGAUACACAGGGCCAGCCCUACUAUUGGGUAGAGUGAGGCAGCUGAGAAUAGAGGAGAGAGACGUGCAUGUUCCACGCAUAGCCUGGCCUGCACCUGAUGCCAUGAGAUGUAGUAGAUGUCUCUUUCCCAUUAGCUGUGCUCUCUGCAUCAAGGCAGGGCCUGACUCGGGGGUUGGGAUAAGGUUCCUUGCUGGAGGCAAGGUAGGGUUCAGGCUGUGCUCUGGGGAAGCGAGGAACAAACUGAAACUGAACCCUGAUACUGAGCGGUAGAAGUAACAGUAGCAGCAGUCACCUAUUUGUUGGCAGCAUUUAUGCUGCUCUGUAUAUGAGAGACACAGCCUUCUCCUACUACAGGUCUUCCUGGGUCACCUUAAGGUCCUCCAUUGGAGUCCUCUGAGUCCAGAGGAUGGCAGUGCCACACCUCCAUACCAGUGGGACACUCACUGCACAGGUUCAUCCCAUGGUUUGGCGCUGCAUGCCCUCCCAGUUCCAGUUCAUGACACCAUUACCAGCAUUGAAAUAAGAUUUAUCUGCCAGGCUGGUCAGAUUCUGCACAUGGAACUGGGUGGUGGGCUGCACCAUUUCACCCUUUGCCUCAGCAGGCAAAAUUUAUUGGGCUGUCCCUGAUUAAAUUUAGCACACAUUACAAGAGGCUUCAGUUUUCAUCUUGGCGGUGGUGCUCCUGCAUUUGUAUUGAAUAUAAUGGGACAUACGACCAGAGGAGGCUCUUGCAGUUUCAAUAUACUGCUUCAGUGUUAAACUUGAGCAAUGGGAAGCAAUGCCUGUGAACAGGAAGGAGUACACGGGACGAGGCGUUGCACAACCACCUUCUGUUUGGGGUGUGCCACCCAUACUGCCCUGACAGUUUUUCUGGGCUGCUAUAUAAACGGGGAGGUGGCAUGUGUGAGUUGCAUCAGAUCUGCAUGUCAGGUCCUGCUGAACCCUCUGCAAAUGAGCUGUAAUGUUUGAUCUCUUUUAAGAAACAAACCAAAAAAACCCCUUUGCUACGAGCAAUCUUGGCAGCUAGAUUUCUGUCAAAAUAACAGAUACUAUUUUUCUUUUUCUUUUAGUCAGAGAUCUAGGGAAUGGCCAGGAUAAGGAAAUGCAUUUUGCUGAGGUCAUUCAUUUUUGGCAUGUAUAUUGUAUAAACUUCAUUUGGAGUUUUUGGUUGGAAAUAUGGGCAGAGGCAGGGAGGAGAGCAUCUUCUUGAGCCACAAAUCAGGUGUGUGGGUGGGGGGAAAGCAAAGUCAGCCUGGCUUUCCAUGAUUUUAAAGUUCAUUUGGGUAUGAUCAUUCAUUCUGCUUUACUCCCUUUAUUUCAGUUUUACGUAAGUGUGUAAAUAUAAAUCCUUUGCUUACUGUUCGCAUGUGUGAGAGAACCCCGGUUGGUUUCCAGCUGCUAUAAUAUCUGCAAUCAGUCUUAACUUUACUCAGCUGGCUAUGUUGUUGUUGUUAUUUUGUUCUUUUAAGUAACCUUUCUGUUACUUUCUGUGUAUUAUUAGAAUUUGCUUCUGCAUGUUGUUGUUGGCCUUGCAUUUUAUAUCUCUGCAUGGUAAAAAGCAGCUGUUUCCACUUGGUCUCCUUUGGAGGUUCAGUUCACUGUCUUGUGUAUGUGUGAGGGAUACCCACCAUUUUACCCUCUUGUUCAUGGCAUCUUCUCUGGCCUUCUUCUGUAGCUACAUCGUGGCAGCCUAUCCCAUCCACAUAAUUCCAGCUGAUCAGUAUAGUCUACCCGAAGCCUUUGUCAUUACAGCUUUCCAUGCCUCCUAGGGCUCUUAAGAUGUGUGCUAAAUUCACCGUAGGUUACAGAAUGAUUUGGAAUGUGAGAGUGUAUAGUAGAGCAGUCUUCAACCUUUUUAUACCCAGGACCACCCAGUUUUAACCCAAAACUGUUUGGUUUUAACCUAGACAUGCGUGGGGGGGGGGGGGCUUUCUGAAUCUUUUCCCAUACAGUAUAUUUGCAUUGUUGCAGCGCUCCUCUUGCAACCCACCUUAGAUCAGGCCAUGGCUUAGCAGUGUAUCCUGACCUACCAGUUGAAGACCAGUGAAUUAAUAUAAAAAAAAUUGUAAUACGUUAAAUCUAUGAAUGCACACCCACUUUCCCCACUGAGGAUCCCAUAGCGUUACAAAACCUUGCCGUGACACAGACAGCACAGAAUAGAAAGAGAAGUGAAAGACGGAUGGGAAAUUGAUAGGAGCAACCUCCUAGAACACUGCUUGCCCUGCAAUCCCAUGAUAUUUACUCAUAAGCAAGUCUUCCUGGUUAUAGUGGAGCUUACUUACAGAUAAACGUGAAUAGGAUUAUAGCCCUGAUAGAUAAAUAGGAAACAAAAUGUGACAUUCACCAUUUUCACCUCUCCUGUUCUAAUUUUCUGCAGUUGGAGCUUGUGCGUGUAUUUUCAAAAAAAGGAGACAAUGGAACACGAGCAUAUGUUUUCCUAACAGCCACAAAUUAUUUGUAGUGUACACCGUAUCUGGGUUUGUAUGUAAUGAAGAUAAUUAAGCAAUAGCACCCCUUUCUGGCACCCCCUUCUCUGAUGGUGAUAAAGCUGUUAAAGAGUGUGAAUGGAAAGAGCACAAAAAUCAACUGCCUUGCAAAACAGUCCAUGUUGAACUGCUGAAAACGAGUGGAUUGAGAACUCUGGACUUGGUAUGCUGUGACUUCAACAUAAUGGCCUCCCCCACAUACCCACGAUGUUGAACAAAACACUCAUUAUAAUGAUAUGGGCUCUCUUUGCUACUACCUCCUAAAUGUGUAGGCAUGUAAAAUCUUAUAAAUGUCUACACUAGAUGAUUUACUUGUUGAAACAGUAUUUUCUGAGCACUGUAGCCAAGAGCUAACUGCUUGGCUGUCUUCCACAUGAUAUUCUUGCAGAGAAGCUGGUAAAAUUUGGUCUGGGUGUGGUAACUGGUAGGUGUAUUUGUAGCUCCUUCCUUUUUAACAUGCAAGAUGUACUUGCAUGUAAUCGUGAGGGGUGCAUCCUUCUAGGCCAGUGAUGGCCAAACUUGGCCCUCCAGCUGUUUUGGGACUACAGUUCCCAUCAUCCCUGACCACUGGUCCUGUUAGCUAGGGAUGGUGGGAGUUGUAGUUCCAAAACAGCUGGAGGGCCAAGUUUGGCCAUCACUGUUCUAGGCAGUUCAAGCAAUUGCAACUCACAUUGCAACUUCCCUAGGGGGAAGGGACAAAUCUCAGUGUGGUUUGCAUGCAAAAGGUAUUGCAUUCAGUCACUGGCCUCUCUGGGUAGGGUUGGGAAAGACCUUUCUCUGAAAUCCCGGAGAGAGCUUCCAGUCACUGUAAGCAAUACUAAGCUACAAAGACUACUGGUCUGACUUGGCUUAAGGGAAAGCUUCCUAUGUUCCAAAUAUUGUUUGGGGGGGGGGGGAAUGUGGCUGAUAGGCCCAUGUGUUUGCACAGCAUAUAAAUUUUAUUGUCGUGUGUAAAACGGCCCCAUGGUUCAGUAUCAGAUUCAUUUUCACCCCUUGUGCUAUGCAGUGUUCUGCCUAGAACUACCAAUAUGAUGAUUAUUUCAAGCACUUCUCCUUAUUUUUGGGUCUGUUCCUUAUUUCAGAAUGGCAUCAGACAUGUCUGUUCAAACUAAAUUUGAAAUCGUCAAUUUCAUAGGGCAACCUGAAUUUUGGAUAGGCGGCGAAGGAUAGGGUUGUGCAAAGUUCUUACUGGUUAAGCUGAAAACAUAGCAAUGGAAGCUGUUGAAAUAUUUAGUCUUUCUUGUUUUAAAGUUAGUUUCAGCCACAACCUUAAGGGUCAUGCUACUUGGCAUCCUGGAGCAGAAACUGUCCCAGUGGCCUGGAACAUUUUACAGCAGCUGAGUUAAGUGACGUGUAAAUAUUUCAGCAUGUGAAAAGUUGGAAGGCUACUCCUGACCCAGUUAAUGGCUGUUUCAGAAAAGUUCUUGGAAUUGGCAGGCUGUUGCUGUCGAUCCUCUGCCUCUUAGAAGCAAGCGCCAUGUAAAAUGGGAUUUGCUCCUAAUUAAUAGUUGUUGCUUGGGAUGAAAGCAUUUUUAGUGCAGAAGCCAGAAAAGAAAACAUGGAUGGAAAGGCAUGUGGGAAUGUUUUCCCAAAAGAAAAAAGGCAGAGUCAGAAGAAAGCCAGAAUCAUUGUUUGGGGUGUCAAUAUUCAUUUAUUGUACUCUGACUUUGAAGACAGUACAAAUGCUACUGUAUUGCCAAGUAAUAGUGAAUUAAGUCAGACCUCAAGGAAGAAGAGUAAACCUUUUUUUAUUGCCAUUAAUAGGAAAAUUGUGGUACCAGAAGGUAAUGAAAUGUAUUUAUGCUUUAAAUUAGGAACUAAUUAAUUCCUCCUUCCCUGGCCUUGGAGAAAAAAAAUUGUUUUUCCUCAGAGUGAUUUAAAAAAACGUCCUGGACAGCCAUGACCUGCUUAUUCACCUUAUUCCAGAUCAGUACAUUCAGUUGCAAUAGAAGAGGUAUGGCUAACCUGUGCCCUCCCAAGUGCUUGUGGCCUACUCCCCGCCAUCAUCCCUGACCAUCAGCCAUGUUGUCUGGGGCUGAUGGAGCUGGAGUUCAAGAGCACCUGUGAGGCUGCAGGUUUCCCCAUCCUUUCCAUAGAACUCUGUGGAGACUUUCUGGGACAGAUGCAGGACCUGCAACCCAUUUCCCCUCCUUGCUCCCUUGUUUGGGAUUUACCGCACAUACAUAGAAGAGAGGACUCCAUUUCUGAAGUUUUUGGCGUGGCAACCCUAAGCAUUGUGCUUCCACCUCUUCCUGUGCCUCUUGCCAUGCUCCCUAUAUUAUUCCCAACUUGGGUAAAAAGUAUAAUCCAUGUAUGGAAAGCCUGCAUGUGUGCUGCAGUGUAGAUUUUGUAUGAGAAGUGGCUUUUGCAAUGCUAGUACUGACCAGCUAUUGCACUCUGAUUGAAAACUGUUUUGUUGCAUGCCUUGGUAACAGUACAUUUGGUUUUGCUUAUUUCUCUUCUCUGCCCCAUCCCAUUUCAUCUUCCAUUUAUUUUCUCAUUCAACCUGCUUUUCUUCAGUGAUGGACAAGUACCUUCUGCCGUCAAAAAUAUCAGUUUUUGGAAUUGGCUUGAGUAUUUUAAAAUGAAGACCUAUUAUUUCAGAGCCUCUUUGAAAUUUCAUGGUCCUGUUUCUCCUGAUUGAUAGCAAGGCCUGAUUGAUGAAAGGACGUGGCCCCAUCAACCCAGUGCUUCUUCAGAGGGGCUGCACCACUCUUUCAUUCCCUUAAAACUUCCAUGGCACUGAGGACAGCAGAGUCUCGCAAUAAGGAGGGCUGACCCAGAGCCUCCAUUAUGUCCUAGAAUGCUGCUGCUGCUGCUGAAGCAGCAUCCCAAAUGUUAGGACCCCUGGGAAGCAUAAUGAAUUAUAUAUUGUUUUAAAUUGUGCUGUUUUCUGUAACCCUGCCCUCGGACCAUUUGGCGAAGGGAGGAUAGUAAGCAUAACUUAUAUAUAAAACAAAAGGCACCCAAACUUCUUUCCCAAAGGGCAAAGGGAUACAAAAAAAAAGGACAGCUGUAGAUUAUACCUUAAAGGCUUAUUAUGAUGAGCUUCUCAAAAAAUGAUGAGCUUGGAUCAGCCCCAAUGUGGUUGGAUUUAAUAGAGCCAAAUAAAGCUGUUCAGCCAAAUAAACUGGCCUGAAGGGUGGAGCACAAAGGGUUUUGGCUCUUAUGCACUCAGGUUUGGCCAGAAGGCUGGUGCAAUGUGAUAUUACAAAUGGGGAAUGAGAGUGCUACAGAAAGGUCAAGUCUUAUAUAGGCAGAAGCUGUGGGAACUUCCUCUAACAGAGCUAGCUGUUUCUAGCUCCUUUCUCCUUUCUUUGGGGUUUUUUUUAAAAAAGAUGUGCCCAUAGCAGCUGCUGAACCUGCAACAGAGCAUGCAGGAGUAUGAAGUCUGCUCUUCACUGAGCAAUCCUGACAACGUCUUCACAAACACGCAUGCACACCCACCCCAGUGUAAUAAUUUUAUCCAUUUCUUGGCUUUUCAGACCUCCCGUUGUCACCCCUGUCGGCUUUUGGUUUCCACAACAGUCUUACAAGUUCAAUUGUGAACAUGAAAUGCAUGUUCCAACUAAUUGUUGGAAGGAGUUGAGAGAAAGAAUUCUCACAGUGGAAGAUUUGGGGCGCCUUAAUGAACUGGUGCCCAAACAAUUCCCUGAAACCUUUUCUGCUUUAGAGUGGAAAAAUACCAGUAGAGGCAGAGUUGCCCAUUUGUACCAUACACAAACCCUUCCUAGACAGUAGGGCAGUGUUUUCCCAAACUUGGGUCGCAAGCUGUUUCUGGACUACAGUUCCCAUCAUCCCUGACCACUGGUCCUGCUAACUAGGGAUGUUGGGAGUUGUAGUCCAAGAACAGCCAGAGACCCAAGUUUGGGAAACACUGCAGUAGAGGAUUCACCUAACUGUGGAAGACCUGGUUUACAAAUCCUCAAAUAUAUUACAAAUACACUUUCCUCCCUAAAAAUGUCACUUGACGCCCUAAAACCUUUAGUAAUACUGUGUCUCCUUAGUACACCAUCAGUGAUACAGAUAUUGUGUGGAUAGCAUUCUGCUUCUGCUUCCUCAGUCUCUUCAUUCCAUGAAAUGCCCCCACUAAUCACACACCAAAUUGCCCUUUUCUACAGUUUCAGCCAGGACCCUCUGACUAGUGACCUCCAUGUCUGUAGUUUCCAGAUCGCUGGCCUAUAGCUAUGAGCCAAGGGAGUGUCCAUUAAGUGGCCUAUCAGCACUUGACCUUUGGAAUUUUCCUGUCUAGAAUAUAAGCUGAUAGGUUGGACUGUAAACCAGUAAGGCCUGCAACAGCUUCCUUAUAACUGUAGCAACUGAUCAUUAGCAGGCUACAUAACAAAGUAACAGCCAGGCUUCAGCUACAGGUAAUGAUUUCGCUUCUCAUUUUUGUCAACAAUAUCACAUUCGUAACAUUCGUUGUCAUGCAGCUGCUGAGAUUAUUCUCACCCAUCUCUGCAGGUUCAAGGUUCAGAGAGAACAAGAGUUCACAGAAAUAGUUGAUCCACUUGAAAUACGCCAAACUGCACCUGCAUUUCUAUAGGAUGCUACUAUCUUACAGCCGUACAAAUUUAAAGAAGAGAAUUCUGUGAUGAAAUCAAGAUUGUAGAGUACAGCGCCAUUAAUUGCAAAAUCAUUACAGUUAGCACUGUGGAAUACUUUAAUAUAAUAUGUUUAUAAAUGCAUGCAUACUGUACUGUUAUACUGCAGGUGAAUAACAUGCCACAAACAUUUUCUAAAAUCUUCUUCUGUUCAGCAGUUCUCAUCUGAAAUGUUCUCUCUGGUUAUUUUUAAAUCUGUCGCUUUCCAGAUGUUCCAAGCUAUGAAAUGGCUGGUUUUUUAUGACUUUCCUAUUCAUGUUAACAGAAAUUCAUUUAGACCUUUCAAUCUAAUUUUCAAAUGUUAUUUAAUUGAGAUUCUACUUGGAAAAUUUUAUGGUAGCCGAUUAAUUUCCUACUUUCCCUCAAUUUCUUCCUCCCCACAAAGCUGUUAUUACAUUUUAUCUGCUGAAGAAAUAACUGUGGCAGUUAGGUUCCUGGGCAACUGGAAGUGCAGUUGAUUGGGAAAUGAUAAACUUCCUGAGUAAUUAAUGUGCAUAAAUAUAAUUGUGUUAACCUUAUUGGAAACGCUUUAACAUUAAAAAAUGGAAAAUCAAAUUAAUGGGCACAGUUCUAUUGUAUGCUGCCUAUUUACUCUCCCCCAUCGGCCCCCUUUCUUCCUUGGUAGUUGAUCUAUUUAUUUAACAGAAUUUGAAUAUUGCUUAAAUAAAACCUCUGAAUGGUUCGUGAGGAACUACAGUAUGCUGCCAACUGCCAGCUAACAAAUAUAUUGUAGCCUUAGUAGAGAAAGAAGGAAAAUAAUAAAUCUCAUGUGUGAUCUUCAAAAGCUGAAGGAUGUGACUAAAUGAGAUGUAACACAGCAUUACAACAUUUUACAUGAACUGCUUCUGAAGAAAGUGGUUUGAGGAAAGUAUCAAGUUCAGUAUAUUCUACUCAGUGUAGUAAGUGGCUUAUACAUUUAUUUCAUGUAAACCUCUUAGAAGUUUUGGUGAUUAAGGGGUAUAGAAACAUUGUUAAAUGCAAAAGUGGAGGGUUACCAUAAAAUAUAUUGAAUCAGUUUUCACAUAGUAAAACAGGCACAGAAAGGUUCUUGGUAGUUACUGCUAAAUAUUUAGAGACCAACGAGAAAAGCUGGUAGGAAAUGAGGUUUUUUUUUGUUAGUGGUAAUAUUAGCAUAGGUUUACUCCUUAUGUCGCUCUGCUUGACAUAUGAAUAUAUGAAGUGGGCUUACUCCAAGUCAGACAAUUGGUUCAGCAAGCCUCAGUGCUGUCUACUCUGACAGCAGCUCUCUGAGGUCUCAUUCAGAGAGAUCUUCCCCUGCACUGUUCCCUGAGAUGCAAGGGAUUGUACCAGCAUUUAUAUAUGCAAUGCUUGUGCUCUACAUCAUUGAGCUAAGUGCCCAAGAAGAGCAGAAAGAGGUCCAAGCACCUGUUUCCCCGAUGAACACGUUUGAAGACUAUGAUAUCUAUGUAAUGCAUUCCAUUGGCUGAGUUUGCUAACCAUGGUGGUAUUGCACAAUGUUAGAACCAUGCCAGUUAAUGUAUAUGCAAGUUCAUGUUACGUGGAGGGCUCCUCAUUCCCAAGGAGUUUACAUUCUAAACAAUAGGAAAACAAGAGGGGUUGGGAGGAAGAGAUAGACAAGGACAGGGGCAGGAAAACGUCAGCAAAUUCUGUUACAUGUAAUUGAAACAUGUCCCGAAAGCUAAUCCAAAAGUCACACAAAAAAUGUGGUUUUGAGGAGGAAUUUGAAGGAAGUGGGAGAGGCUGACAGAGUUGCUUCAUCCUGAACCUCCUGAAUAUUUCAUCUUGCUGUGAUGAUGGAUUGAGUGGCACAGAAUUUUAUUACGUAAUGCAAGGUUGAGGAACCCAUGGCCUUCAAAUUCCCAUCAGCGCUUGCUAGCAUGACCAGUGGUCAGGGAUGCUGCUGCAGCCAAGCAACAUCUAGAAUGCAUCAGGUCCCCACCCCCCUCCUCUUGUGGGGUAAGAUCAGUUCCAUGGUAAACAACAAGUCAUCUACCCUUCUAGAGCAUAAGAAAACUGUAUCUGAUGUCAGAGCAUGUCUAUUUAAAAUGCUGCUGUGGAAUGUCUGGUUAUACAAUUCAACAGUCAUGAGUUAUGCAGUGAAUAAAGCUUGCCUAAAUCCACAUGUCUGUCUUAAAGGAUUUGUUGCUGUUUCUUAUGGGAGUAGUUCCAUAAAGCUGUGUAAUCUUAUGAACGCACUCUUCAAAGACAGCUCCAAUAAAUCCUUGGGCCAUACUUCCAAAUAAAUGUUUGCCACAGGAUUUUUGUAAUUGGUAAACAUUUUAAUAACGUGCCUAUUUAAAAAUGGAUGGUUUUUCCUAAGUAUGUAAUGUUAAUUUUAGAUUGAGGGCUAAAUGCCCUGUACAAGAAAUCUUUUCCCUGGGUGGCUGUAACACAUUGUGCAUAAAAGGGCGGUUAUGUGCUAACCUUUUCUUCUUCUUAAAGCAUCCGUUAGUAGUGUUGACUCAAGUUAUCUUACAGUAGCUUAAAGAAGCAAUCCUCCCCUUCUAACUUGAAGGGCUUCCUGCCCAAGUUCAUGAAGCUAAAUGUGGAUAAGCAUCAAUAGGGCCUCCACUGCUUUGCUUCAACGCACUUAAAUUUGAGCCUGACCAAGCAGGAAUGUUGCUGGUACUUCUCUUUGAAGCCAUCCAUCUUUUCCUUGUAGCUGCAUGUUAUAUGAACUUAUCAAAGAUGGGGGAGGUUCUGUGUUUUUAUAGCAGUAUUUAGACGGUACAAUUGAAAGCCAAGGCUUGUUUAAUUUUUAUCAAUGUUUGAUUGACCAUUGAUUUGCAGUAUUUUAUUAUUGUUAGCUAAGAAGACACCACAAUGUCUUAUUAGCAAAAAUCGAAAGCUAGAGGCAAAAUAAAAUUGCAAAUAGCCAUGCAGUUAAGCUCCACAGUCUCAGCGUGAUCACCAUAAAAAUAACAGUGCCAGCAAAUGGCCUCAAAGUUGCGGCAAUAAAAUCAACAAUUAAAUACCUGAGAGAAGAUAUUGAUGCUGGUUCUGAGAUGGUGGCAAAGAUGGGGCCAGGCAGGCCUCUUUGGGAAAAACUUUCCACAUCCAAGGAGCCCCCUCUUGUGUCCUCACUUCUGCUGGAGGGAACAUUUUUGCAGGAAGGGUCUUAGUCUAAUUAUUAAACUUUCUGUGUAGUAUGACUAGCUUUUGAUAUUUUCUUAGAGCCUCUGCAGCCUGGAGACAGUUCAUGAAUCAUUAUCAGAAGCUUUGGUUUAAAAUUCAUUAACACUGUACUUUUGCUUUCGAAGAGCAAACAGACUUGAAAUGAGGUAUAUUAGAUGGGAUAUUUAAUAACAAGAUUUGGUGUUGCUGAAAUACUGUGUGAAUCAUACUGUUGUCUGUCUUUCUUUAAGCAUGUGCACACACAGAGAGAAACAUAAAGUACUCACAUGCCUGAUACCUUUUAGAUUUCCUCUUCUACACAACUGUCAAAAACUACAGAAAAAUUACUCUUUUGUUAUGGGAAAAUUGUAUAUUCCUAUGGUGCCAUGGUAGACUCUGUACCCAAGCCUUAAUAGCUGGUUUAUCUUACUGGAAGUCAGUGAAAUACUAACACUACCCUUUUCAAGAAGUUUUGUUUUUCUAUGGCAUCUGCUCUGGAGAAAUAACAAGCUGUUUCAAUCCCAUGCAAAUUGGUACUGCCAUCUGAAGUUAACUAAUCAUUUUAAAGGAACAAAUUAUAUCACUUGCAUUAUUUGUUGCUGUUGGGAAGACUGUGUUUUCUUGAUUUUAUGUGCCCCUUGAUGAAUUGGUUAAAAUUGUAUUUCGCUUGUACACAAGAGAUGUGUGUGUUGUGCCUUCAUAUCCCCCUGAUUUCAAGAACAAUAUACUUAAUUCAUUGAUAUUGAUAUCUAAAGUAAAAGGUUUACCUUCCCACCACAGUAGUAUGUUUUUAUCUACUUGAACUGGUAUGCUUUCAAACUGCUUAAGAUUAAAAAAAGAUGUGUACAAAAGUUAAGAUUAAAAAAGGAUGUGUACAAAAGUUAAGAUUAAAAAAGGAUGUGUACAAAAAAUGGAAAAGGGGGGAAACCACCAAAGAGGAAUUCAAACAAAUAGCCAGCACGUGUAGACACAAAGUCAGAAAAGCUAAAGCACAGAAUGAACUCAGGCUUGCUAGAGAGGUUAAAAGCAACAAAAAGGCUUUUAUGGGUAUGUCCGUAGCAAAAGGAAGAACAAAGAAACAGUGGGGUCACUCAGAGGAGAAGAUGGUGAAAUGCAAACAGGGGACACAGAAAGAGCUGAACUCCUCAAUGCCUUCUUUGCCUCAGUCUUCUCCGAUAAAGAAAACAAUGCCCGACCUGAAGAAUUUGGAGCAAAUGAUUCAGCAAAGGAAACACAGCCCAGAAUAACUAAGGAGAUAGUACAAGAAUACUUGGCUAGUUUAGAUGUAUUCAAGUCUCCAGGGCCAGAUGAACUGCAUCCAAGAGUAUUAAAAGAACUGGCAGAUGUGAUCUCAGAAUCACUGGCAGUCAUCUUUGAGAAUUCCUGGAGAACAGGCGAAGUCCCGGCAGACUGGAGGAGGGCAAAUGUUGUCCCUAUUUUCAAAAAGGGGAAAAGAGAGGACCCAAAUAAUUACCGCCCAGUCAGUCUGACAUCAAUACCAGGGAAGAUUCUGGAGCAGAUCAUUAAGCAAACAGUCUGUGAGCACCUAGAAAGGAAUGCUGUGAUCACCAAUAGUCAGCAUGGAUUUCUGAAAAGAAGUCAUGUCAGACUAACCUGAUCUCGUUUUUGACAGAAUUACAAGCCUGGUAGAUGAAGGGAACGCAGUGGAUGUAGCCUACCUUGAUUUCAGCAAGGCAUUUGACAAGGUGCCUCAUGAUAUUCUUGUAAAGAAGCUGGUAAAAUGUGGUCUUGACUAUGCUACCACUCAGUGGAUUUGUAAUUGGCUGACUGACCGAACCCAAAGGGUGCUCAUCAAUGGUUCCUCUUCAUCCUGGAGAAGAGUGACUAGUGGGGUGCCACAAGGUUCUGUCUUGGGCCCGGUCUUAUUCAACAUCUUUAUCAACGACUUGGAUGAUGGACUCAAGGGCAUCCUGAUCAAAUUUGCAGAUGACACCAAAUUGGGAGGGGUGGCUAACACCCCAGAGGACAGGAUCACACUUCAAAACGACCUUGACAGAUUAGAGAACUGGGCCAAAACAAACAAGAUGAAUUUUAACAGGGAGAAAUGUAAAGUAUUGCACUUGGGCAAAAAAAUGAGAGGCACAAAUACAAGAUGGGGACACCUGGCUUGAGAGCAGUACAUGUGAAAAGGAUCUAGGAGUCUUGGUUGACCACAAACUUGACAUGAGCCAACAGUGUGACGCGGCAGCUAAAAAGCCAAUGCAAUUCUGGGCUGCAUCAAUAGGAGUAUAGCAUCUAGAUCAAGGGAAGUAAUAGUGCCACUGUAUUCUGCUCUGGUCAGACCUCACCUGGAGUACUGUGUCCAGUUCUGGGCACCACAGUUCAAGAAGGACAUUGACAAACUGGAAUGUGUCCAGAGGAGGGCAACCAAAAUGGUCAAAGGCCUGGAAACGAUGCCUUAUGAGGAACGGCUAAGAGAGCUGGGCAUGUUUAGCCUGGAGAAGAGGAGGUUAAGGGGUGAUAUGAUAGCCAUGUUCAAAUAUAUAAAAGGAUGUCACAUAGAGGAGGGAGAAAGGUUGUUUUCUGCUGCUCCAGAGAAGCGGACACGGAGCAAUGGAUCCAAACUACAAGAAAGAAGAUUCCACCUAAACAUUAGGAAGAACUUCCUGACAGUAAGAGCUGUUUGACAGUGGAAUUUGCUGCCAAGGAGUGUGGUGGAGUCUCCUUCUUUGGAGGUCUUUAAGCAGAGGCUUGACAACCAUAUGUCAGGAGUGCUCUGAUGGUGUUUCCUGCUUGGCAGGGGGUUGGACUCGAUGGCCCUUGUGGUCUCUUCCAACUCUAUGAUUCUAUGAUUCUAUGAUUCUAUGCUAGGCUGGGACAGAGCAACGGGAGCACACCCUGUCACACGUGGAUUCGAACUGCCAACCUUCCGAUCGGCAAGCCCAAGAGGCUGAGAGGUUUAGACUAAGGUUACCAGACGUCCUCAUUUCCCAGGGACAGUCACCUUAGUUUACACCACAGUGCCACCCGUGUCCCUAUUGAUGUCUAUGUCCAUGGAGGUGGGUUAAAAAUACCAGAAUUUAUUUAAUUCCCCAGCAGUGAAGUGUGUUAAUAGGACACACUUUUCUGUGAAGGUUGUUAUUGUUCUGUUGUAUUUAUUAUGUGUAUUUGAUUUUAAAUGGUUGGCACGUUGUGUGAUAUUUUAUAUAUUUGUGUUGCUUUGAGGCGUGUUAUGUAGAAAGCAAUCACUAAAUGCAAUUAAUAAUAAUUGGGGGUGGGGGUCAGUGAAACUGACAGGUGCACUGUUGUAAUGUAACAUGAAUAUGGCUUGUUAAUUAUUAGGUUAUAGGAAUUUAACAGUCUUACAGAGUUUUUAGCAAACCUAUUUGUUUUGUUUAUACUAUUCAUGUUUACACAGUCAUGCCUGACAAAUUGUUUUGUAGUGUCCUAGAUUAUUGCAUUUUAAAAUAAUACAUAAUGAAGCUUUUGUGGCUAAGAGAUUUCUUCCCUACAUAGUUUUCUUUGCGGAUUUUCUUUGUGUAGCUGGCUGCAAACAAGAAGUGCAAUUAGAGUGUGCCCUUUGGGUAUUUGUCAUGUGUUUCAGGGAAGUACUUUGUAGUGUCAUUCAUUCAGGUAGCACAUAAUAAUGUUCAGCCAUUGCAAUAAGCAAGUAAUGUGAAAUGGUAUGAGUAGAUUGGAGAGAGGGGAAUUUGAGGGGACCAGAACAAGCAGCAUAAGGUAAUGAUAAAAACUGACAAGGGUUUUUUAAAAAGUCUACAACAUUUCAGUUGUCACUGUGAUGAGAAAUAAGUCUCAAGAUGGAUUUUAAGCUGCUCUGCAGGUUUACGCUUGGCUCUUGAAAUAGUUUGCAUUUGAGACUACUGCUAACAGGGUAGAUGAGGAGGCUGACAAGCAAAAACUAAAGUAAGUAUUAGAAAUAAAAGAAAUAACUUGGAAACUUGGGGUAUGUGAAUGAAGUUGAAGGCUUGGAAAAAAGAAGAGAGUUUGUUUGUUUUUUUCAAAAACCCUGAAUAAUUUCCAUACAUGGGAAAUUGGACUGGCCGGGUUGUAGAAAGAGAAAGUCAUUAUAAUGAGUAUCAGUGUCUUACAAGUAACAAAUGGCUGAAGAAACACAAGGCCUGUUGUUUAAAUGUGAGAUAGAGCGUGUAAUAAUCUGAAUGGUGUGAGAUCCUCUGCAUCAAAACAAGAUUCUGUUUUGAACCAGGUGACUUCUUCUGGGUGUAGAUAGUUUAGUAUGUCAGAGAUAAAGUGCUUAGGUGGGCACCAUGUCUGUGAACAUUAUAGAGCCCAACUUAAGUAAGGCAUUGGGUGUGGGGAAUGCUACACAGGUAAGAUCUCUGCUGCCUUGGAACUUUGUAUCUUGAGCUAGUUGUGACUUCACAUUGCCUAAACUUCCUAUAGAAUUUUAUAUAGCAAUGGAAAAGGGGGUGUAAAGUAUGACAAACCAUUGCACUGUCAUUUAAUGCCUCCUUGGACGUUACAGGAUUUUAGGUAAUUUUACUAGAUUUUUAUACAAGAAUGAGACUUGAACUUUGAAUGCUCUUCCCACACUUUCUUCCAUGCAUAUUCCAUGUAAAUUCCACUUUGCAUUAAUAAUAGUUCCCUGUUGUAUCUGAACUUGAACUUAGGGAAUUUAGAUGGUGGUUCUAACGAUGGAUAGUUUUAAAGAGACCUGGAUAUUAAACCAGAGGUUUCAGGAACAUGAAGGCAAAAAAUAGGAAAUAUAAAUAGGUUUUAUAAACCAGUCCACUCCAUUCUUAAUCUUUGUGAACCCUGCAAAGUUGUAGGGUUGUGUGUGUGUGUGUAGAUGCUUGGAGAGGAGUUGGGGACAUUACCACUAAUUCUCCAUCACUUUUUUUAUUUUACUUUUCUAGCAUUGUAUUAGCAUUCACAAGUAUAUUUAUGACUGAGUACUUUUUUUAAAAAAAUGAUAUUUAUUAAGAAUUUUAGAAUUACACAAAGAAAAAGAGAGAGAACAAACAAAAGAAAAACAAACCACAAUCGAACAAUACAAAUUGAUAAAAAUCAAAAUCAAAAAAUAACAUGACACAGUCAAAAAACAAAAAUAUGCCACAAACAUUUAAAAACAAAUCCAAUAUUCUCAAAUCCUUAACUGUCAUUACCUUCUUUCUUUGACCUCCUCACUCCUCCCUUUUUUUGUAUCCUAGUUGUUAAUUGUCACAGCAAAUCCUUUCCAUAUUUCAUAAUAUUCUGUCAUUACAUUACCUUAAUCUAUUUUAAUCUUAUCUUACUAUAGAAAACCUUAAAACUUAAAACUUAAAUCUUAUUUAUACCAAUUUCUCCUAACCAUAAUAUUCUUACAUAAUUCUUUAAACAUUUUUGCUAAAGCCAGAUAAUUUCAUUCCAACAUUUUUCUAACAUUCAUCAAUUUUAUACAAUCCUAAUAAAAAAAAAUUUUUUUUUCUUCCAAUCUUCAUCCAGCGUCUCUUCCUCCUGGUCCCGGGUUUUGUCAGUCCUUUCUAUCCCAUCAAUCUAGUGCAUUAACCUGGUAAUCUUAUGUCCGAGGCCCUUAAAUCCCUUCCAUGUCCCAUCCGCAGUUCUCCUUCAUAUUUAUACCUGUACUUUACUUUGUCUCCUGCUCCUUUCACUUGUGGGAACUCCAACUUAACAGUGUUUUUGACCCUUCUCAACAAAUCAGCCCCUUUUCCAUAGUCCACACUAAACUCCAUGUGGUAUUUAAAAACAUGUUUCAAAGUCCCUCCAGAAUUAAGAGCCCCCACCACCCCAAACAUCUCACGGCCCAUUGCCAGACUUGAAAAGUCCAAACAUCCCUGCAUAGGGGGGUCUAUCCAACCCCCCAUUUCCAAACCAAACCAAACUUUAUCUUUCCAAAUCUGGCUUUUUCAAAGCUCAUUUGUCAAAUCCAAGAACUCAUUUUCCUGCUGGGCCACAGCUCCCUCCAUCUCUGGCGCCCAAGGUUCAGCAACAUCCUCUUCCCUCAUCUGUUCUGUCAGAGCACACUCCUGAUUUGAUUCCUGGGUAGGCUCUAUAUAGUUUCCCACUACCUGUCCAAAAUUUCUGAUCGCAACAGUCAUCAAGUCCGUCUUCUCAUGUAGCUGUCCCAGUAGGGCACUUGUUUUACAGAAAGCACGCAGCGGAGCUUCUGAAUACAUUGUUCUGCAAGGUCAGAAGUCUAUUCCCACGAUCGUAAUCUGUUGCAGCUGCAAGCUCCCCGAUUCAGAAUUGGUAACAGUUUCACAGGCUCCCUCUAGGGGAAGAAAUUCUAUUUGUUCUUUUCUUUUAAGGGCAGAUCUAACAACAAAGUUUCCUUUUUCAGAUAUUUUGUCAAUAUUUGUUCCUUUAAAAUGUGAAGGGGAACAAUGGAAUCACUAUGUUUCUCUUCUUUUAACUAUCUGUCAAAGACGUUUGUCUCUGGUCAAUGAGCUUCCCGAAGAACAUCAGUCCUGACACCCCGCUCCAGGAUCAAGACGGUGGAAAGUUACUUUGUGUUACACUCUCUUCUGCAGGUUUAAACAGUCCGGAAAAAAUCCCCCCUCUUCUCCUGCUUCUGAAGGGGGUUCAACAAUUUUAAAUGAUGAAAGUUAAUCCUUUACAGGCGAUUUUCUGAACUCUAGUUUGCCAUGUCUUUGCUUUAAUCUAUCUACAAGAAACGGAAGGCUGACUUCCUGUUUAGACCUUCCCGUUUCAGUGCCAAAUUGUCCGAAAUUUCUUAAUCCAAUUUUCCUUUCUACUCGCAAAUCAUUAAUUGAAGUCCAAUUGUCCGAAAUUUAAGUACUCACGGGUAGUUGUUUUAAAAGCCAAAUUGUCCCAGGAAAAAGGCAGCGCUCUCCGGCAACGGCUGUGCGGCUUCGCUCCACGGAAGAAGCAGUUGACUCUCAGCACUGCGCCACUUCCCCCUCUUCACUCCGGAGCCCGUUAGUGGGUUCCUUUGUGGGUUGGGGGGGCGCUAAGGGUGCCCGCUGAGUCCCAUGGUCACAGGCUUCAUCCGCCUGUGAUUUUUGAAAGGGUCCCCACUUCGCUGUAGCGGGAAAGACCCGUUUCCCGUGGAGCUGGUCCCUCCAGAUCAGAGGGAGUCCGCCAUUACCGAUGGCGCCACCCCGGAAGUCCAUGACUGAGUACUUACACAUUGUAGGGAUGGGGUGGCGCUGUGGGUUAAACCACAGAGCCUAGGACUUGCCGGUCAGAAGGUCUGGUUCGUCAGAAGCAGCUUUAUCAUGCUGGCCACAUGACCCUGAAGCUGUACGCCGGCUCCCUCGGCCAAUAAAGCGAGAUGAGCGCCGCAACCCCAGAGUCCGUCAUGACUGGACCGAAUGGUCAGGGGUCCCUUUACCUUUACUUACGCAUUGUAAAGAACAGGAUGUGACGGACAGUCUCUCCUGGUGAUCCAGCAACUCAUGAGAUCUGGUGAGACCAUCAGCCAAACAGGGGAGAGGGUGUGGAAUUUAAGUUAGUUGCUGACGGUUUCACAGUGGGAUAGGAACUUUGUCUGGGUGGGCAGACUAUCUGAGUGCAAUCAAAUAUGGACUUCCUGUCUUGAGGCAGUGCAGGCAGGGGUUGUUUGUGGGAUCAGAAAGUGAAUUGGCUCUGUUACAGAUAAGGAUUGCCUGUGGGCAGGCCAAGUUCUGAUUACCUGAGUGGGGUUAGCUAGGCAGGGCAACCAGGUUUUGAUUCCCAGUGGAGAGGUUAAAUCCUAGAAGGGGCUGGCUGGGUGUUGCUGGUUAGAACACAGAUAACCCGUGAGAAAAGUCUACCUGAGACUUGGUUUGAUAAAGUGCACUGUUUAAAAACUUACCUGUUUUUAACAAAGUUUUGAGCCUUACUUACGAAACCAUCAAACGUAAUUAAAUAAAUAUACAGUUCUGUUCCAGAAGUGCCUCUUCAUAUUUUGAACCUCUGACUGGGGAGUGGAUGCUGGGCAUCCUUCACAGAAGUUUAGAAUAUUUCUGCUGUGAGAUCGUAAAUGCUACCACAAACAGUUAAAUGAACUCUGCUUUUGAAUACAAGGGAAGUUUUAUCUAUUCACACACCCAAAAUAUUGGCCAGCACCCAUCUUCAGUGAGGGAUGUUUGUCCCACAAGGGCUUAUGUUGUAACAGGGAAGUAUGGUGAGGAAAGACCGUGAUGAUGUGUCUUUGAUUGCUAUUCUACAGGAUGAUUUCUAGCUUUAAUUUUAGCUUUUAUACAUAUAUAUGUUUGGGGUCCUCAAGUGCAUGCAUAAUGGCUGUUUCAUCACAUUGCUGCAUUAGGAAUUGUGGCAUAGAAUCAUAGAAUUGCAAAGUUGAAAGGGACCCUGAGGAAUUAGGGCACUUUUCUUUUAUGUGCACUUUUUAUUAUUUAGAAUUACCUGGCAUUUUCAAAAAGGAAAAAUUAAAAUUCUUCGCUUUUCUAAAAGGAGUUUAUGCGCUUCUUCAUCAGACAUAGACUUACCAAAAUAAAUCUUGCCCAGUCAAAAAAAUAAUAGCAGAUCUGAAUUUCUCACACCCAAAAACAUAUUUUUAAAGACCCCUCCUCCCUGAAGAAAUUUGUAAAAAUUACAUUUCGCCCCCCCCCCCCCAAAUAACACUCCUUACUGGAGUAUUUAAGGUGACUCUCUGCAGCAAAGUUUGGAAGCCUGUGCUUUUUACACAACUCUCCUGUCGCAAUUCUUGUUUGCUGCUCUACCCGUCUGUGUAUCAUUUAUGCACAAGUUUCAGUGGUGGGUUUAUGCCUGUAGAGCAUUUUCAUGGUUUAUUAUUAGUGAACACUGCUAACAGUACUUCUUAAAAUAGGGCUGAUAUAGCAACUAAAUAUAGACCUUUGAAGACUUGAGAGAGUCUCCUUUCCACUUAACCUCAGUUACUCAAAGUUAGUUGCAAAAGAAAACAUUGGACCAUUCCACUUGCUAGAAAUGCAUGUCUGGUCUUUUCCCAGGUGGAAAAGUUUCCCAUAGCUGCAAGUUUAGGAACGUGGAUAUUAAGAAGGGGCUCCUGGCACAUUAUGGAGAUGGCAGCAAGCCAUAGAGUAGAUAGCAGUUUCUUAAGUCCUAUAGGUUCUGAGCUAUUCAGGGUCUAUGCAGAGCAAAACUUGCACUUUCCCCAGCAGCCUUAGUCUUUCUGGAUCUCAUGCAUACCAUACAAUAAAGUGUAGCUGACGCUCCAGUGCAUUUAUUAUAUUCAAACUUCCUGGAACGAACAGUUACGACCAGUUCCAUUGUGAUUUUUCAGCCCCUCUGAGGUUUCAAAAUAAAGUAAUAUAGUGGAUAAAUAGAGCAAUUUGUACAUGUUUUAAUUGCAGCAUCUUUUAUAUUGGUAGUUUUGUAUUUACCCAGCUUGCUUUUUCGUGUGUGUUUAAAUGUUGCAUCUUUUUAUAGGCAUUUUUGUACUUACCCAGAUUGCUUUAUUGUACUCCAUAAUUUUAUUGACUUUUUCUGGUCUCCAAAGUUAAUUGUGCAAUAAAUAUAUCACAAAUUGCUUUGGAAAGUCUCCGAGUUUCAAAAAGCAGUUUUCCAUGUGAGAGGGGGAGCUACUGUUUCAGAAUGUAGCCCAAAGUUCCCUUGUGGGCACAGAAAUACUUGCGGGAUUCUCAGGAUCAUUGUCAUUACAAGGUUUAUAAAUAUACUAAACAGAGCAUUUAUUGUGCUUACAAUGUAUUUUGGGUUCUCUAAUUUCUCUCCAAAUCCCUCCCCCCCACCCACCCAAAGACACUAUUUCGUAUGGCUUGAACAUUUCUGAGGAAAUUUUACAUCUCUUGGACACUGGUGUUUUUCAGGAGACGUUUACAAGCAAAGGUGACAACUAAGGCUUUGGAAUCUUUUAAUCAACAUAUUUGUGUAUAUAGAAGGUUUCUAUCUUAGUACCAUUAUCCUAAACUUGUCUACUUGAAAGCAGUUCCCAUUGCUCCUCAUGGGAAUAGUUUAAAAUAAAAAUGAAGGCUGUUUAGAACAUAAACUUCUGGUUGUUCACUCUUGUUAUAAAUGCUCUAAGUUUGGCUAAAACCAAAUAUAUGGGAUUGCCUUUUGCCAUAUACUGAACAUUUUCAAAAUUGAGUGAAUGAGAAGGAAGAAAAGGAUGAACUCUGUCCUCCUACAGGCCUGUGCUGCUGUUUCACUGCUAUUACAAUGCUCAUCCUUUAAUAGCAUGGGAUUACACCGUAUUAUCAUCUUCAGAUUGACUCAGGUGGCACUAUUUUUAUUUAAUCUGUAUUAAGGUAUCGCUGGGCAUCUUUGGUCUUGCAGUGUAGUGGUAAUGCGAUUUGCUAUUUUUAUAAAAGUGAACAUGGCUGAAUAAAUCCAGCCACUACCAAGAACUGAAAAGAUUAUAGGCAUGAAUUUAGGGCUUUCAAUUUCUUUCUGUUGGUGAGAAGUUGCACUCUUUGAUUUUUGUUUACAAUUAAAACACUGAUGGACGGUCUCAGAACAGUCUAAACCAGGGGUCAGCAAACUUUUUCGGCAGGGGGCCAAUCCACUCUACCUCGGAACUUGUGGGGGGCUGGACUAGAUUUUUUUUGGGGGGGAUGAACAAAUUCCUAUGCCCCACAAAUAACCCAGAGAUGCAUUUUAAAUAAAAGGACACAUUCUACUCAUGUCAAAACACACUGAUUCCCGGACCGUCCACUGGCCAGAUUGAAAAGACAAUUGGGCCGGAUCUGGCCCCCGGGCCUUAGUUUGCAUACCCAUGGUCUAAUCCAGCCUUUCUCAACCUGUGGGUCCCCAGAUGUUGCUGAAUUACAACUCCCAUCACCCCUAGCUAGCAAGGCCAGAGCUCAGGGAUGAUGGGAGUUGUAGUCCAACAACAUCUGGGGACCCACAGGUUGAGAACCGCUGGAUCCCUUUAUGAAGUUGUGGUGCAACAUUUCCUCCUACCGGAAGUGAAAACUCCUUAAGAUACCCAAACAAGUGUAUUUAAUUUUUGAAAUUCAUGAAAAUGAACGUUUUCUUACCAUUGCAUAGAUAUAAAUGCAUGAUUUUUAGGCAGUGCAAAACUGCUUAACAUCCAUUGCAAGUAUUCAUUUAUUUGCAUUAAGUAAAGAGAGGUAAGUACUGUGCAUGUCUUUGCAGCAUGACAGCCUUAACUGACCUCUUGAACUGUAUCCUUUAAGUAUAGGUUUGCAUUGUGUUAAAUGUUCCAUCAGUCUUUAUUUCUUGCUUAAAUGAACUCUGAGCAAGAAAAAAGGAUAAUGUAAACCCUCUGGUUAUAAGACUCCAAGGACUUUCCUACAUGGAUAUCUUUUUCAGUGUAUUAAAGUUUAAAUUGUAUGUACCCAAGAUUGAAAUGGAUCUAAAUAAUCCAUUUCACCCAAGAGAAAUUGCAGUUGACCCACUUUAUCACCUUGCUAGUGAAUGAAAUGUUUUGAGCCUAGCAUUUAAUUUCCAAGAUUUUAUAGAAAAUCCAAGGGGGGUUUCUUCAAACUGGGUUUUUUGUCUGCUUCCGCUACUGUUUAUUUAUAAGCCGCCUUUCCACCAAAAAGACCCCCAAGGCAGUUCACAAAGGAUAAACACACACAAUCAAAUACAAAUGAUACAGAUUAUGAAAAAUUCAAACUAAGCUUCCUUAACUGUGGAACCCACCCCUUCACUGAGCCUUCUCUUGGCUUGUUAUAAUUGAACGGUUUGUACAAGGGCCUAAAGCAAAGAUUGUGGAUGGACAAGCUGCAACAAUUGAAACUCAAGCAGUUCUAAUAGAAUGAUGCCAUUGACAUCCAGUUUGAUGCUGCUUAAUUUUUAUAAUGAAAAUAUAAUAAGAAGAAAGAAAUAUUAUUAAUAAGCACAUUAUCCAAGUCAGAAUGGAUUGUAACAAUUUUAUCCAGGUGUCCUAAAAUGGAAUGGAAUCUGAUGUCUGGCUGCCCCCAGUCCUACACUAAAAUUUGCACUGAAUUCUGGCCCAAAUGUUUAUCAUUCACAAUAACUGAAGCUUGAUGACACAGCAUCACUCAUCAGGCUACGGUGAAGAGAUAUUUUCUGGAACAAAUUGGUGUCUUGAGUUUUGCUUUUGUUUGUCCUCUUUCCUCGUCCCUUUUCCCUUGUGUGUUGUGGUUUUUAGAUUGUAAGCCUGUGGGUAAGGAGUGGCUUGUUUUUAUCUAACGUGAGCUGCUCUGAGACCCCUUUUGGCUGAAGACUAGGGUAUGAAUUCUGUCAGUAAGUAAAUGUCUACCCUUAAGGAAGGCAUAAAUAUAACAAUGCUGCCUUUCUCCCAUGGUACUAAUGAAAGGGUCAUGGAUCUGAGUUGAUCCAUGCUAGAGAGAUUUCAACAACUUGAUGCAUAUUUUAAAAAGUCUCUUCCAGCUUAAGUGGAAGCAGUAUUUCAUUAACAAUUCAAAGGAUGCUUGCACAUUUGUUGCUAGUUAUACUGAGCUAUGCUCUGCCAAGUUGUCUGCCUUUGCACCUGCCGGUUCAUGGGGUGCUCACUGCUCAUCUGGUGUGUGAUAGUGGGAACAGCAGUGCCAACUGGAUUUUAAGUUGCUCUCAUAAUUUAUUCAUUUUGUCUGUUAAUGCUGCUCAGCCACUCCAGUUAAGAUAUAUUAAGUAAAAAUGCUGCUUUGGCCAGUUUAUUCCCCCCCUCCCCCAUAGUUUAAGUGUGGCGGAAUAGUUAAUUAACAAAGGAAACUCUGCUUUGAGCAUUCUAAUGAGAACUGAGUUGCUUUCAGCCAAUCACCUUGCAAGUGUUUGGGUUCCAUUGUUCUUUAACAGCAUUCAAGAAAUGAAAUGCACAUUUGGUAAAACCAGGGAAUAGUUUUUUGAUAAUAUACCUGAGAAGGGCCCAUAGCUCAUUAGAACAUUUGCUUUGCACGCAUAAUGUCUCUGACUCAUCCCGUAUAUAUCCAGGUAGGGCUGGGGAAAACUCCAUCUGAAACCCUGGCAAGUCAUUACCAUUCAGUGUAGACAAUGCUGAGCUAGGUGAACCAAUAACUUCACUCUAUAAAGACAGCUUCCUGUGUUCCUAUGCACAAUGCUUUCAUGUACAACAACGGCUUAGGAGUGGGUGGUAGUAUGUCUGCAAUCCAUCUUGUAUGUCCUACCAUAAUAUGCCAGCUGAGAUUCAUGCUUCAUUUUGCUAGGUAAUAGACAGGGAAUAUGGAUUAGAGAAGGGGCAUUGUUGAGUGUCAUGGACUAGCUGGGCACAGAGGAAUGGUGGGAGGCACCAGCUGGGCAACUUCCAAAGGGAGAAGGCCCAGAGCCUGGGAAUUAGUGGUGGGACAAUGCUGAGUAGUCUGAGGGAGAAGGAGGAGAAGCCUCGGAGGAGGAGGUGGCAGAAGCUGAAGAGGUAACAGGGUUUAGUGAGGAGGGAGAGUCUAUGGAACAGAAGUCCAGAAUCAGAUUCAGAAGCAGGAGAGGAGUGAGGCCAAGAAGCAGAGAUGAGUCAGGCUGGUGAGGGUGUCUUCCCCUCCUGCUGUGACAAGCUCCCCUCCACCCUGGUCUCCCAGGACCAGGAGAUGUAUGAAGAGAGAGUAGCAGAGAUUGACACAUUGGUAUAGUCUCAGAUUGCUUGAGAAGGACCCAAGGGAGAAGGAGAUUUAGGCAACUCUGGGAAGGCAGGGAUCUUCAGCCUCUACAACUGUCUCAUAGAGAUUUUAGAAUAGGUUAUAUUGAAGAUAGAGUAAUGCUUCUGAUAAUGAUUUUUGUCAGUGGUUCUUUCUCCUCUCUCCAAGUCAUAAAUGGAAAAGUACAUUAGUAUUGCAGCACUUGAAUGAAUACAUGACAGGAUUUAUCCCAGUUGUAUGCCAACUAUCUCACAAGCAUUCUUCCAGUAAUGCCCUAUUGAAGCUUCAUUUCAAAUAAUUUUUAGUCAAUAAGUAAAACGGCAAUAGAACAAUCAUUUAAUUCCUCUACCACCGAUGAUUAGCGGAAGGGACCACAUUAUAAGGAAUGCCCCAUGUGCAAGUUAUGCUGGAAUACAAAUAAUCCAGCUAUGGGAACUUCCUCCUUGCCACUCAGCACCCAUUUCACAACGUGAAUUUGGAUCAUGCAAACGUUGCUCAUGUAGACAACUUGGGGUGAUACUCUUGAUCUGCUGGUCAAGAAGAAAUACUAAAUAUUAUUUUUUAAAAUAAAAAGUUCUCUUUCUUAGCUCAAUAGACAGUCCUCCAGGACUCCUGAAUUUCGCAGGAGUUGGAGCUAUUGAACCUACAACUCUUGUGGGAGUUCGCUUUGAAGUGUUUGAAGUUUUGUGGCUUGGGGCCUUGAGCACGUUUCAAAGUCUUGUAGAUAGGCUGAUGAAAUUCAUAAAGUCUUGAUAAUUGAUAAGAUUUGGUUGCGUCCUGAAACCCCUGGAUGAUGAAGGCAGUAAUAAUAUAUCUUACAACAUUCCUCUUUCUUUCUUUCUUUCUUUCUUUCUUUCUUUCUUUCUUUCUUUUUUGCAUUGAUACUCUCUUCUCUGUCCUCCAAAAAAUGUUCCCAAGACUAUCUUACUUGGAAGAGAUGAGGAAAUGUAAUGUCCUGUACUACUUAAAAAGGGGGGGGGAACCCCCCCAGUCACAUGCUAAUCUUUCAGUUCUGCAUAAAAGUUUUGUAGAUUUUUAUAUAAAUUCUGUGAAUUAAGAAAACCUAUUUAUUUAGUAAAUCUGCUUUUAAUUAUAAGAGAGAACACUGUAUUAAGUCCUGAGUUCUGCUUAAACUUUGCUCUGGUUCCCAUACAUUUUUAAACCUUUGUCUACUCUGUGCAGUGACGGAGGGCUGAGAUACUGUAUUUUAUAUGCUAGAUUGUCAGCCCAAAAUAAAACACAUGCUUGGCAGAAUGAACAUGGCCAUGGAAAAGACUUUCAGUGUGAUGAUGCCAGAGUUCUAUGAGCUCUCACCACUGUAGAAUGAGAACCAUUCAAGCAACCCAAACCUACACUGUUUUCUGUUCAUACUGGCAUUGCCACACAUCCAGCACCAGCAGCACAGUUUCAAAUUGCCGUGGAUGCAGUAUAUCAGGCAUAUCCAACCAAUCAAUUUUUUUUGUCCAUCUUCCCCCCAAAAAGCACAACAACUCUGGUCCAUCCUUGCCCCAAAAAGCUAGUAGGGGGAGGUGAUACACUGAAGAAUGCUCAUUCUAAAAAAUAUUUAGAAGGGAUCAAAGCAUUGUCAGUCAUGUUACAGUCGUUCAGUGGGAGGUGCCUAUGACAUUCAUGCAGCCACAUUCUACAUAGCACUCAAAAGUAAUCUUCCCUCAAACAAAAUAUUGUGGUUUGGGUACUGGGGGAAUAUGAUGUUGCCACAGCAGGAAUAUUUUUAGGGAAGGAUGUUUCAGUCAUCCCCUCCUUGAUGAAUGAGUAACUGAUGCUCAAUUAUCGCACAGCAAAGUUAACAGUGACAGGUAUAUUUCAACAGAUGGUUGAUCUUUUGUGUUGCUCUAAAAUUAAAUUCUAGUUCAUCUUGGAAGAUGGUUGAGGCAUGAUCUGGAAAAAAAAUAGUCAUCAAUCUCAUUUACUGUAAAUAUUCUGCUCAUUUGAGAACCUUGUUCUAGAUUCUUCUGUUGCCUUAUUAAUUUUGCCUGGAAACAACCCCACCACGUUGGCUUCUAGAAAUCUUCAGUGAAAAUAACUUGGAUGUUUGUUGAUGGCCCUGAUAGCAUAGGUGAAGAAAACAUUAAAAAGGGAAGGUUUUUGUGUGUGGUUGUAAUAUGCUGUUGUUGGCAUCCAUCUGUCUUGGGAGACGAUGGAGGAGUCCGUCUUUGGGGGUGAAGUCAAACCACUGGAGACUUACAGCACCUGCUGUGACUAUAGAGACCGAUACGGGAGUGGGGCAGAUGAAGGCAUCUAGCCUUCAUGUCUGGUUUGCAGACAUGCACCAUUCAGACACCACUUCCUUUCAUACCUCUUCCCGCCGUCUCAUGUUGCCACCUUGCUGUGUUGACAGAGCCUGUCUGUUUCGAUCUCUAAAGACUUUAAGAAACUAUUUGAUUGAAGCACCCAUGGUUUUUCCAAUCAGGAACAAGCUGCAGGAGCUCCCUCUCUUGCUCAGUACCCUCCAAUUGUUGCUGUUGUUAGGUUUCAAUUUCAAAGCGCUUUACAGAAAGGUGAAACAACAAAAUACAGACAAAUUCAUAACCUUACCUUAAAACAUGCGAAAGUUAAAAUGCUAAAACAAAUUAAAAUUACUUCAACUUUGUAAGCACCUGGGUAAACUUGUCUGAACAAGAAUGCUUAAGCAGGCACCAAAAAGAGUACAGUGAAGGUGCCUGCUUGAUUUCAGCGGUUGGGGAAUUCCGAAGUGCAAGUGCUGCUACACUAAACGAUCAAAUUUUUACAAAUGCGGAAUGGGUAUUAUUAUGUGGUGCCUCUAGUAGUGUCAAUUCCGCUGAUCAGAGUGGUUGAGUAAGCCCAUGUAGGGUGGAUAGCCACUUUCCUUGACCCUUGGAGGGCUACGCUGGCUGGGGAGGGCACCAGGUGCCUGCCAGACCUUCUCAGUGUGGCCUGGUCAAGACUCCUGCCCCAGGCCUCAGGCAAACUCUGCAUGGGCCUGGAUAAAGCAAUCUCAUAGGUAAACUGGUCCCAAGUUGUCAAGGGCUUUACAUGCUAAUAGUAACACCUUGAACUUCGCCCAGCAGCAAAUCGGCCACCAGUGCAGAUCUCUAAGCACAGGUGUUCUAUGUUGACCAUGUCUCACUCCCGUCAGCAGUUGUGCUGCAGUAUUCUGCACUAACUGCAGCUUCUGGAUCAAGCACAAGGGAACCAGUUCACAUGCCCAUCUGCAAGUUUGCAGUUGCCAAGGUGCCGAGGGAUGUUCACCUGUGUGUCAAUUUCAGGUUCCAAGACCCAACUGUUCCAUUGUUAGGUGUACUUGAUGCAUUAAAAACAAAUUAUGUAAUGUCACAUCUGUUUGUAAUAUAUGGCUUAAUGCCGCAAAUAAAACAAUACUAAUUUGUUUACCUUCCUUCUCAGCCAAAGAAAUAAGUUAAUACACAACCAUUAAAUAGUUACUUUAUAACAUUUACGAUUGCCAGUUCAGUCAACUUUCCAGUUGUGUGCAAUGUCUCCAUAAAUUAAGUUUACAGUCAGCAACUGGGAAGUCAAUAGGAGUUUAAAAAGAGAGAUUAUAUGUAUUUACAUUUUUUUAUCAGAUAGUUAAAAGUGCACCUAAAUAGCAUCCUUCAGCAUUGCUGUUUUAAGAAAAAAAAAUCCCUACCUUCUAUGUUAAAAUACACCCCUAUUAUUCUAUAGCCUUGGAGAGAAUUUAAAUAGGAUCAGACCCUAUAUUAAAGGAGAACCAAUUCUGUCAAAGGAGAACCAAUUCUAUCAAAGGAGAACCAAUUCUCUUUCCAAUAUGUGACCUUUAUGGUAUGAAAUAUAUUUUCAGCAUUUGUCAGUGUUGGAAGAACAAGUUGAGACAGCUAAGCCUACAGCAUUAUUACUUUCUAUUGAAACUGAGAUGCAAAAUUUUAUUUCUACUUACUGUAUAUAUACUUUGAGCAUGCAGCACAUUACAGAAGUGCAUAAAGCACGCAUCACAUCUGAAAACAAGGUGUGGCACAAUAAAUAUCUACUGGUCUAGGUUAUUCUUGCUAUUUUUACACUGUUUGGGCUAAAAGAAUCUUGUUAGACAAAGAAAUGCAUUCAAAGUCUUCAGUUAUUUUGUUUGUUUGUGGGGAAGUAUGGUAAUGUUGCAUCUAAUCUACCUGUUUCAUUGGUACACAUAAGAACAUACUGAACAAAGGUAUAAGUUAAAUUGAGAACCAGGAAAAUUUGAAAAUUUAGUAAGGAGAGGGGUAGAAAAUGUUUUCUAAACUCUACAAAAUAAUAACAGAGGAAAAAAUAAUCUGCAGAGAUUACAUAGAGAGUUCUUCCAUUUAUGGUAUGGGUGAAUUAAAGCAAAGUGUUUUAGAACUGUGUACAGUAGCUGAAAUUAUAAGAAAAAACUUGCAAAUUGAUCUCCUGUUAAGUCCCCUAGUCUGCUUAUAACAUUUUGUAAAAAGACAGUCCCAAUAUUUAUAUAAGAUCCAGAGUCUACAUGUUUUGACUGUUGCAAGGCUGUUAUAUGCCAAAGCAUGGCAUACAACCAACAAAGCAGAAUAUCAUCAAAAAUAUCUGGGAGCAGCUGAGCUUGAUUAAAUUGUGAGCAAUGUUAAAGUACGCAGUUAAUUAGCAAGAAGAAUUAAAUAAAUGGAGUCAGCUAACUACUUAUGUAAAAAGAGAAUUGGGUAUUUCCAGUGUUAGAGUGGACUACUUGAUUUUAUAAAAAAUAUAGAGAGCAAGGCAAGGGUAGGAAAAUACAAAUAAAAUGUUAGCAUUUGAGAUGUGUUUGAGAGUAACUUGUUGUAUUAUAAAAAAAGAUUUUCCUCUUUUAUUGUUGUAUAUAUUUUAUUUGUUAAUAAAGUUUAAUUAAAUGAGAGAGAAAGGAUAAACUUGGUUGUCUUGUGUGAAUGGGAAUUGCGCUUCAGUGGAAGGGAUUUGAUGAAGUAUUUUUUUUCCAGCCCUACAGAAUUGACAGAUGGGAGUCUGGUUUUCUGUAUAGCUAAUUAGCUUGAAUUAUGGUGAAUUGCAGCUUGUUCACUCAUAUGUUUCUUUUUGUUUAGAAGCAAAAUAGCUCCUAAGCACACAUGGAUGUGUUUAAAAAAGAAAGAACCCUGUUGAGUUAAAUAUGCUUUGCAGUAACCAUGCCAAAGGGACGCGGGUGGCGCUGUGGGUAAAACCUCAGUGCCUAGGACUUGCCGAUCGCAUGGUCGGCGGUUCGAAUCCCCGCGGCGGGGUGAGCUCCCGUCUUUCGGUCCCAGCUCCUGCCCACCUAGCAGUUCGAAAGCACCCUUAAGUGCAAGUAGAUAAAUAGGGACCGCUUACCAGCGGGAAGGUAAAUGGCGUUUCCGUGUGCUGUGCUGGUGCUGGCUCGCCAGAGCAGCUUCGUCACGCUGGCCACGUGACCUGGAAGUGUCUCCGGACAGCGCUGGCCCCCGGCCUCUUAAGUGAGAUGGGCACACAACCCUAGAGUCGGACACGACUGGCCCGUACAGGCAGGGGUACCUUUACCUUUUUAACCAUGCCAAAGAUGCUUAAACCUGCAGUGUGUGGAUUUAGCAUAUUGGUACACCAACUAAUUAUGAAUAGAGAUAAUCUUUUCAUUAAAGGAAAUAUUCUGUUGGAUCUAUAUAAUUCAUUCACAGAGCCAUUCACUGGAGACCAAACUUUGCUAAAAGUAUUGUGAUGUUCUUCAUAAAGAACCUUAUCAGGCUACAGAGCUGAAGAGGACAGGGCAGGGAACGUCUUUGCAGUACUACAAUAAAUGCAUGUAUGCAACAUGCUUAAUUGUCUUAAUUGUAUUCUCUUCCAGCUGGUAUUCUGUUCCAGUUAGUUUGCUUUAUAAAAUAAUUGGCUAACGUACAACCAUGUAUAGCUCUAGUGACAGAAGUUGCAUGUCUUUCAAAGAGGCGAUCAGCCAUCAUAGUAGACAGAGCAUGUCUGCAAAUAAAACUUUUAAACCCAUGUGAAGGGAUUACCACUGAGAAAAGCCCCCACUGUAGUCCCAGGAAGGUGGUGUGGCGUAGAAUUUCUCUGCAGUAGUGCCAUUCAACUGGUUAGCCUCUUAAUAUACAGUUAAUGACCAUUUCAUAUGGGAGUUCUGUUCCUGGCUCCUGCGUGCAUCAGCAGAACACGUAUAAGUGUGCCCUGCCCUGUUAUGCCCCCAUUGUACCAUUUUUGUGAUGUGUUGGGUGACUUUUUUGUCACUUCCGAGUUUAGCACCAUGCACACGUGUGCCAUCAAUUGUCUUUCAGACGUGCCUUAAUUGGUCGUUGCCUGUAUAUCGUGACACCUUGGGUGGAGGCGUUGCCAUGGAGAAGUGUGUGUGUGUGUGUGUUUUGUAAUGUAUAUACUACUACCACAGUGCAUGAAGCAGCCUUAAUUCUCCAACCACAAUUCAUUUAAUAUUUAAUGGAUAUGUUAUCACUAAUGUUCUCUAUAGGGUGCUGAUUUUAUCUUGCCCUUUUGGUUUGUCUUGGUGUAUUUAUACCACACCUACUAACUAGAGCAGCGGUUGGCAAGGCUUACCUUGCCUGGGCCAAUUCACUGCCACGGAGCCCCUUCUGUGGGCCGGAUUGUGGGUGGGUGUGAGUGUGCACACCCGCAAUUUCCAACGUCUGCGUUAGCGCAGGCACGAUUUCCGGUGCCGCAAAAGCAAGUCCCUGUGCUGCGCUGCGCUGUGCCGGUUUAGCGCAGCACACAGGGACUUGCUGAGCGGGCGGCUCGGUUCGGGAGUGGCUGAUAGGGUGGUAAAACGACCCCCGUGGGCCUCUUGUGGCCCAUGGGCCUUAGGUUGCCGACCCCUGAACUAGAGUUCUUGAGUUGCCUUGCAUGCUCUAUAAAAUGCAACAAAGCAGAGAACAGUUAAUUGGGAAGGGGGAAAUGUGAUCACAGGUUUACCUCCAGUCCUUAGAUAUUCCCUGCUGCUGAAUAUCUAGUCCUGCAAGAAAUAUUCCCAGCCCAGAAUUGGCUGUCGAUUUGACACUGUAAUGUUGAGUGAGUGGAAAUUAGAGGAAUAAAGAGUUGAUGUAGUAAUCCAGUUUUGUAAGUAUUUUGUCUCUAGCAUAAAUUCACUUGAUGGCCUUAAAAAGCUGCAGCUAACCGUCUGCAAUAUGGUGAUGAUAAUGAUGUUGGCUUACUUCAGAGUUCUUUGGAUUACUAUGAUAAUGUCUGGGAGGGAGUGCUUUGAACUUUCUAAAGCACUAUAUAAUUCUCAAUUUAUUAAUAAAAUUGUUUUUUUUAAUUACUCUUAAUUGUUUAGGCCAUAGCUUCAGUCCAUAUUUUGCUCAAGUUUCCCCCUACAGUGGUACCUCGGGUUAAGAACUUAAUUCGUUCUGGAGGUCCGUUCUUAACCUGAAACUGUUCUUAACCUGAAGCACCACUUUAGCUAAUGGGGCCUCCUGCUGCUGCCGCACCGCCGCCGCACGAUUUCUGUUCUCAUCCUGAAGCAAAGUUCUUAACCUGAGGUACUAUUUCUGGGUUAGCGGAGUCUGUAACCUGAAGCAUCUGUAACCUGAAGCGUCUGUAACCCAAGGUACCACUGUAUUUCUCUUUAUGUGAAACUGUAUGAGUAAUAUAAAUGUUCCUAGCAUGCAAGGUCCAAGGGACACCGGUUAGAUUGUUUUGUCGUCUCAAGUCCCGAAGAAAAGUAUGCUUAAUAAGAAACAAAUAUUGGAUCCUAUUAGCCCAUAGGGGAAAGAGGUUCCAAGAAAGCAAUAAGGCUCAAGAGUUUCUGUUCCUUCUUUUAUGUGCAAGAGCAGAGAACCUUAUUGCAGGCUGGAAUUGAGCUUAGGCUUCUCACCAUUAUGCUAUCCUUUACUGUACUGUUUUUUAAGGGUGUUUUAUGUUUUAUUGAAUACACAUUGUUGUACACCACCUUGAUAUUUUAUGACAUGAAGGUAUAUAAAUACUUUUUAAGAUAAACAUUGAGCUUCUUGUGUCUCUUAAUAGUCCCUAGUUGAAAAACUACUUAAUUCCUGUACCUCUUUGUCUUAUUUAUAAAAAAUACUUGUUUUGAUGGGCGAUAUGACUCAUUGGCCUUCCUGGAGCACAAAUUCUGUUAGUGUACAAUACAGAUAAUUUUUUUAUCAGUCAGGAAAGUGCUGCUGUGCUGAAGUGGCGUGUAAAUGGUGUGGCAUUCUCCUACCUUGUUUCCUUCCUUGAACAGAGGCCAACCUGAAAUCUGCUGUAACUGGUUUGGGCUACCCAGCAAAUCCUAUUAUGUCUGAAGCGUCUUUAAUACAAUGUGUAUAAAACUUCAGUUCAGAUGGGUCUAUUUUUAGCCCUGGUUUUAAGAGUAUUGCAGACACACAGCUUCCCCUUAUAUACACCUACGCGGCCUAGGGCAUUUGGAGUCUUGUCCUUUUAACAAGUCUGGGUUUUGGCUACCUCUAACGUGAUUUGUGAACUAUAAUGAAGGUAGUGGAUGUACUCUGCAAAAAAAAAUAUGGGGGGGGAACCAAUUGUUCUUACUAAUUUUGAACUUCAUAAAUGUGUGCUUUGCAUUUUAAAGCAGAAAACAUAAUAUUUUGUAUGGAUUUUCAAAGAACAUAGAAUAUAUAUGGAAGAGCUAGUAUAAUUAAAAGUCAGGGAGAAGCUAUAAAUGGAAGGAGGCCAAUAAGCACUGAUAGAACAGUAGCCACACCAGCUGAACUCAGCAAGCCUUCCCAGAUAACCUCUCGCUUCUGAGGUUUGAUAAAGAAUAUGCAAACAAUUCCAACACACAUGCCUCCCUACCUACGAAGCCUAGUAACAUUCCACUUUAAUAUUUUUAAGACUGAUAUUUUGAUGGCAGCUUUCUCUGAAAUGCAGUGGUACCUCAGAAGUCGAACGGAAUCCGUUUCAGAAGUCCACUCGACUUCCAAAACGUUCAGAAACCAACGUACGGCUUCCGAUUGGCUGCAGGAAGCUCCUGCAGCCAAUCGGAAGCCAUAGAAGUUGCAUCAGACGUUCAGGUUCCAAAGAACGUUCGCAAACCGAAACACUCACUUCCGGGUUUGCGGCGUUCGGGAGCCAAAACAUUUGACUCGCAAAGCAUUUGGGAUCCAAGGUACGACUGUACCGCACAAGAGUCCAUACUCACACAGCAGACUUACGGACAAGGAAACCAUCAUAUCCCUAAAUGGAAAAACCCUAGAAAUGAUCAUUGAAAACAGAUGUUAAGAGCCAAGUCCUUUGUCCUUCUCUUUGAUAUGUUGAUAUGAAGUAUGGGGAGCCAGCAUCUCUCAUAGGUUGUGCAUGUCCAUGGAGCUGCAGUGGGGCUAACUUGGGGGGGGGGGACCUCUUGCAGCCCAAGGGAUGCAUUCCCUUUUGUGCAGCAUUGUGAGCUCCACAUGCCCGCAGUGGGUGGGGCUGGACACAGAAGUGGGCAGAGCAACAAAUGUAAAAUUUUACCUAUGCGCGAUAGGCCAGUUUCCAUGCACACUCACACCCCCUUCGGUACCCAUGCAAGGAGGUUGCAAAGCAGGGCCAGGAAUGACUGUGACCUAGAGAGGAUCCCUAGGGCAAAAAAAAUUGACACCCAGGCCUGAGGUUCACUUAUCUGGACCAUCUUCCAAACGCCUCCUCUUCCACUGCUGUCACGAAGGUAGUACAGCAAAGCACCCAAAGGAUGCAGCAGAUGGAUCAUCGGCUUCAGCUAUAAUAAGCUGCAAUAAAAAUGGUAGUAGUGAUGUAAAUAUAGUGCAAGUUUUAUCGAAAGAGGAUAUAGAGACCAAAAGGAAACCUUUCUGAAUGCCAGUGUUUAGCAGUCUUCCCACCAACACACACAGAGUUCAACACAGAAGCAAGAUGUGUGUAAACUUCCUGCUUCCACAGAAUCUGCAGCAUGCAGAUAGUAUGUCCAUUUCCUCAUUCUUGUAAUCUCAAUUCUGAAAGUCAUGCCCUUUCUUUUUUAAAAAAUUCAACUGUAUAUUGCCAUCUGUGGCAGCAAUUAUCUUCUUCCUAAGGAGUUCACUUUUGGGUCAAUAGCAUAGCAGGAGCGGCUGAGAGAAGAGACACUUUCUAGAAAUUGCUUUCUGCCUAAAGGGCCUCCUUGCGGAUUUUAAGUUUGUAGACAUCUCUGCAAACAAUAGUUUUGUUCUUACUUUUGAAACGCUACUGAAAACUUGAGGAAAUUACUGCUGUGAUUGAAUGGCGGGAACGUCUUUCUUUCCCUUCAUGUUUCUUCAUUGUGAUGAAAGGGGGAGGGAGAUUUUCUUAUGGCAACCUUCUCAAACAUUUGCUGAAUUAUCCAGAGUGUUCCGCUUCAUGAAGAGACUUUAUACUACUGGUGGGCAUGCCUAGUCAAAGUUCUAAAGUUUUAUGGAGUCUUCUAUAAAGCUUCCUCCAUGGGCGGUGGUGGAAGAGUAGAAGUCUAUUCCAUUGGGGCUGAAUGUGAGGAAGACCCAGUCAGAACAGACAUGUUAGUUUCUCCAAAUUUUGUGAUUUUUGUUUUGAAUAACUUCCCAGGAAUUGACAGUUUAAACCCACUUUUGAGUUUUGAUGGAUGUAGAGUUCUGCCUUUUCUUAGCUUGGUUAAAUAAUAUUGGAAGUAGUGAAAAAGUUUUUUCCUGACAUUGACUUGCUAUAUGUUGCCUGAGGCAAGUCGCUUUUUUUCUCAGUGUCAAUUCCUCAUCUGUACAUGAGAAUAAUAAUUUCCAGGGUUUUUUUAGGGGGGCAGCAUGACCGAAAUUGGAGGGAGAACAAUUUGGUUGUGAAGGCAUUGCUUUUAUUUUGAACACUGGGUUGUAUGUAACAUAGCGCUACAGCCAAGAUUCUGUCAGGGCAAGGAUUUCCCCUGCGCAACAGAUCAUUUUUUCAUUACCCUCCCACACAUGCCCCCUAAAUCUGUUCUGGGGAUUCCCCCAAACCUCGGGAUCAGAUUUGGGAAUGGCACAGGGCACACAUUGGCGGAGGAGAGGUGGGAAGCCUUUGGACUGGCCUGGGUGCUGCUUCUGUUUAGAUAAAACCAAGUAUAGUUAGGAUUGCAGUCGUAAAUAUACUGAUCAGAAAACCAGUCACUCUAAAUUUGUUUGCACCGUGCAGUCAAAACUGGGAGUGUAGUUGGUGGUGGGGAGAGGGACUGUUUAAUUCUUCCCCCACCCAUUGCCCUCCUCCAACAUUUGGGGCUGAAGAAAGGGGGACUAUCCACUUGGCAACAGAGAGUUGGUAGUCUGAAAAUAGAGUUGCUGUUCUUCUUUCAGCUUAAAGCAGAAUGAUGAGUGGGUGUGGCUAAAUCAGCCAUGUAUGGAUGCAUCCCCAGUGGGAUAUAUUCCCAGGGCAAAAUAAUUAGGAUCAAGGUGUUAAGUGAGUUUCUUUACUGGUGUACAGUGGUACCUCGGGUUAAGUACUUAAUUCAUUCCGGAGGUCCAUUCUUAACCUGAAACUGUUCUUAACCUGAAGCACCACUUUACCUAAUGGGGCCUCCUGCUGCCGCCGCUGGAGCACGAUUUCUGUUCUCAUCCUGAAGCAAAGUUCUUAACCCGAGGUACUAUUUCUGGGUUAGCAGAGUCCGUAACCUGAAGCAUAUGUAACCUGAAGCGUAUGUAACCUGAGGCACCACUGUAUUUGCCAUGUCUGAAUAUUUGGAAGCUUUCUACUUAUAUAAUUUGUUUACAUGGCUUUUUCACUACAAAAAUGCCAGAGAGUUGUGUAAAAGUAUGUUGGGAGCCAACUGUUCUUGCUGAAGGGCACUUUAUGGUGCUUGGCAUGCUCAAUAUUAACACUGGAUCAUGUCCUCUUGCAGGGUUUGCCUCCUGGGUAAAGGUGUUCUUAACUGGCUAUAAAUAUAAAAGUUAAAUAGCAUUACUUCUUUGAAGAAUUGUAUUAGCUCGUAUAAAGUUUACUGCUAUGAUAGUGUUACGUAUUUUACUUUUUAUAUAAAAGAUAGGAUAGGACACAUACAGAAACCUGAUUAGGUUUCAUGCAUACAAUUUGGUAUGAAGUGAAUGGUGUUGGAGUCAGGAAGCUUCUUCCCACACCCACUUAGCCUAAAUAGCCACAUAUGCCGAUCUGUCUCCCUCGUAGCUUACUUGUGGUAAAAACCAACUCUAGCUUCAUAUCUUAAAAUGUUUCUGGCCGGCAAUAUCCCUUGCAUUUUAUUUCUGCUUCUAACACAGUGUCUAGGGCAGGGAGGAGGAACCUGCCUCACUCUAGAUAUUGUUGGAUUACAACUCCAGUCAACUGCAACCAGCAUGACCAGUGGGAACUGCAACACAGCAACCUUUUAAGAGCCACAGGCUCCCCAUUCCCAGGCCAGGGUUUCAGAACACCAGGAGGUCCUAGUUGUGGGAUGGUGGGGGGGAAUAGAUAAUAUAUCGCCCAUGUGGGACAAUAAAAGAACUGACUGGAUCCCUAGAUCCUAGUUGUUGUUGUUUAGUCAUGUCCGACUCUUCGUGACCCCAUGGACCAGAGUACGCCAGGCACUUCUGUCUUCCACUGCCUCCCACAGUUUAGUCAAACUCAUGCUGGUAGCUUCGAGAACACUAUCCAACCAUCUCGUCCUCUGUCACCCCCUUCUCCUUGUGCCCUCCAUCUUUCCCAACAUCAGGGUCUUUUCCAGAGAGUCUUCUCUUCUCAUGAGGUGGCCAAAGUAUUGGAGCCUCAGCUUCAGGAUCUGUCCUUCCAGUGACUAAACAUGCUCUUCACCCAGAGAGAGCCCCCGGCAGUUUAAAAGUACAAAAUCAUGCAGCACAGUGAAGCCCAAUAUAGGCUGUUAGACCUUUUAAAUAUCCCAUUCUGGCAAUGACCCCCCUCCCCAUCAUAGCAGCAGCACUUUAUGAACAUUCUUGAGAAACCAGCCAUGCCAAAUAAUAGACACACCCUGUGAACUGAAUGCUUCUGUCCCUUCUCCUUGCUGUGUAAUAUCUCAAGGUAGAGUAGAAGGUCUUUCAAAGACAAGACAUCAGUUCAUCCAGUUUCAAAAUAUUCAAGAGUGGCAUGCACCUUAGUUGUUUACCUAGGAGAACACAUCUCACCAUCUUUUUCUGUCUUGUGUUCAGGGAGAGUUCCAUAAUCCAUGCUUCUCUGUCAGAUUGUCACUAAUUGACAUCUGAAAAAUCUAGCUCCCCUCCAUUUCAGAAUUACGCCUAUGAUUUCAUUCCAGGAGGGCACAAGAAUCAAUCUGUCAGUCACCCAAGAAAAAGUUCCUGGGGUUGUGGUGGACAGCUCACUCACGUAAAUGUUAAUAACCAGUGGCAAUGAAAAAGGCAAACUGCAUGUCAGAAGUUAUUAGGGAAAGGAUUGAUAAUAAAAUUUCCAGUAUCAUAAUCCUUUUUCUAUUACUUAGAGCACAGACACAUUUGGAAUACUGUGUACAAUUCUGGUCACCUCAUAUCCAAAAGGAUAAAAGGGCUACAGUAAAGAACAGAAAACAAUUCAUUGGUUGGAACAUCUUCCCUUAUGAGAAAAGGUUAAAGCUUUGGGGGGACAUGAUGGAGUUUGAUAAAAUUAUUAAAAGGAUAGUUUUUUAUAUUAAAAAAAUCUCCUCCUUAUGAAGCUAGAAACUAAGAGUUAUCCCAUAAAAUUGUUUGGCACUGGAUUCAGGACAGAUAAAAAUAUAGAAUUGAGUCACACAACACAUACUGUAAUUAAAGAUUAUGUUUCCUGGUGGUAUUGGUAUGAGGAGCGAAGUAUCUACUUGCAGCCCUGCAUGACAGUAGAUAUGUUACAAAAUAAUCUGUUAUAGCCAAACAUGGAGCUUCCUGAGGAAGCUGUUUCUUUCUUGCAUUGAACACUAUUCUACACACACACAUACACGAGAGAGAGAGAGAGAUGUGAACCUGAAGCCCUGCAAGCUCCUAUUGCAUUGUUUUAUUUCUUCUGCAUAUCUAUCCUAUGUGCUUUUACCUUUUACCUAUUUAAGUUUCUUUCUGUAGAUCUAAAAAGACUUCCUGGCAGUUCAUUCUGUAGUUAAAAGGGCAAAUGGCUCAGGUAUGAGAGGUCACAAGAACUGCCCUUCUCAUCCUUAACUGCAUGCUUUUUCCUAGUAAACUAGCAGUGACCUUUCCUGGCAGAGGACUCAUCCAAAGCAGAGUUUAAUGUGGAUUUUGCAGCUGCUGGUUUCUCAAAAUACACAAAAUAUUUCAGCCAGGUUGCUGACUUGGGGCUAGGUACCCAGAACAUAUUGCACCACUUUGCUCACUCCACACUGGCUGCCAAUUUGUGUCCAGGCUCAAUUCAAGGUGCUGGCUUCAAGUGUUAGGGCCUGAAUGGUUGAGAGCUGGGUAUUUAAAGGCCACUUUCUUAACAUCAAUUUCUUCCUGCAUAAUGUGUUCAGCAUCUGAAGUCUUACUCCAGGUUCCACAGCUUAAGAAGAUACGGUGGGUACCCACCAUAAGUAGGAUGGUUUGAGUAGUAGCCCUCAUUUUUGUGGAAUGCCCUCCUAAUUGUUUUGCAUAUCUUGCCCAAACAUGUCUGUACCAGAAGGCUUUUAGUUUAUUCUCUUGGCUUUGUUGUUCUAUUUUUGUUCAUCCAUAAUUCAUGUUUUGUUUGGGGUUUUUAUGUAAUGUUUCUGGGGUAUGGCUUUAUGUAGUUAUGUUUAUGCUAUAAACCUUGUUGAGUUCACUUUUGAAAAAAAGGUAGGGUAUUAAGUUUUUUAAACAAGUACUUUUACUAUACAGUAGCCAGGUGACUCAUCUUUGGAAACUGAUUGCUCAGUAGUCCCCAUGUUAUUAGUCUCUUUCAGGAGAGAGUGAGAAGGCAAAUUCAGUAAUCUUGGUAAGCAGUUCAGUAAUCUUUACUUUCCAGCUAAUAAUCUUGAUUCACAGGGCUGAUUCACCAACUUUUAUUAUUAGUUGGCUUACUGACACUGGCUUCCUACUCAUUUGAGUGAAGAAGACUAUAGAAGAUGUAAAGAAAAUGUAUUAAUCUGGGGAUAGCCAACCUGGUGCCAUCCAGAUGUUGUUGGACUACAACACCCACCCAUCAUCCAUUGGCCAUCCUGGCUGGGGCUGAUGGGAGUUGUAAUGCACCAGCAUCUGGAAAACACCACAUUGGCUACCUCUAUAAGAAUCCAAUAAAACAAUUGGAGUCAAAUAGUAACAUGGGGGCUGUCUUAAAACCUUUGCAAGUCUCUCUGUGCUCCCCUUUUAAACCUUGAAUACCAGGAGCUUAAAGAGGGAGCAAGGGGUGGCUUACAAGGCUGCACAAAGGUGGGCACCCCCUAACCACCUGUCAUAUUCAUCCUGCAAGACUAAUCUUGAUAAGGAUCUGGCCCACUGAACCAGAAUAAUGAUGCAAGUGAAGUGGGCACUGCUUCUCCAUGUUUUCUUCUACUCCUGUAAUGAGAGACUUGAAUAUAGGAACCCCUUGGGCAGGACUGAUCUGGUGGGACAGACUUCUGUAAUCAGCCACCCCCCUUUGGUUGCUGUGUCCAGCUGUUCACCACUGUGGCACUAGAUCUCAGUACAGGAAAGUCGCUCCCACAUUGUUAGAGAUAGUGUGAAACUGCUAGCCAUAAUGACAAUCUGUUGAGGUGGGAUAGGUAUGGACAUUCAGAUGAUACCCACAAAAUAUUUUGUCAUUGCCCAGCACAAGCAGAGUGCACAGCUUGUGAAAUUUGGUGCUUUAAGAAUUAAUGUCCUUUUAGACUAAAGCAAGGGUUCCCAAACUGUCAUCCAUGGAUCACAACAGCACAUAACAAUUGCUACAACAGGCAAAAACAUCAAUAAGUGGUCCACCAAGACCCUCAGUAAUUUUCCAGUGGUCCAUAAGUUUAAAAGUUUGGGAAUCAAUGGACUAAAGUGGCUGAGAGCCACAAACCCCUCAUGCUAAGGCAUGCUGGCCCUGCUUGUCUUACUAAUAGUACAAUAAAAAGUACAAAAUUAAGGCAAAGGAUAGAGUCAGUUUGAAAUUUUUUACUUUGGGUGUUAUUGCAAGCCAGAUACCCUGUUCUGCUGUGUGUUGACUGAGCAAGGUAUGAAUGCUGAGGUAAUGUUUCUGUUUUGUCAUUCUGUUUGUAAUAUGACUCCAGUUAAUGUCAAUAUCCAACUGCAAUUUACCUGAUAUGUGUGUUUAGGAUAGAAUUCUGCAUUUCAUGCUUGAGCCUCAGCCAUGACCUACCCAUUUUCCAAGGUGGCCAGGAAAGAUACUUUAAAAAACUCACAAAGUGCAAUGCCGUAUUUGCCUUGAAAAAUAAAAUAUAUAAAUGAAACUUAGAGCCUGCUUUUGAUUCUCCAUUUGAAGUUUAAACACUAGCUUGAUCUCUGUACCCAUGCAAAUAAGCAAAGUGGUAUAAUAAUAGGGUAUCUGCAACAAAAUCUGUCAAAUACUGUAGUCUGUGAAGGACAGUAACCACUUCCCUUCUGUUUGCAGUGACUGAUUUAGCACUGUAGUUUGUUCUAUGUGUCACUGCUGCUGCUGCUGCUGAAUUUGGCAGCUGGCCUCCCUAAGACAGAUGGGCUCUGUGUAAUAUGUGUAAUAUGUGUCGUGUGCAUAAUUAACCUGACAGAGUAAAAUUUAAGACAAGUUGUUAAACAGGGCCUGAAUAUAAGAGGACUGAAUCUAUAUUUUCUUCCCUCCUUCCCCUAAACAGAAUCUUUAUGUGAAAUCUCAGUUAAAGCCGAACUGGAAGGGAACCUUUCAUAAAUAAAUAAAUAAAUCAGGUUAACUGUUCAGACUCAAAAUUUCCCUGAAAACAUGGGUGUGGUGGUAUACUUAGUGGCUCCAGCUUGAAUGAAUCAUGGACGUUGGCUCAAGUUUUAAUGAAUCAUGGACACACAAAGCAAAGAUCUGAAAAGGGUUGAACUGCUUUUACUUUAUCCAGGUUUUGGUACUUCAUCAUCUUCAGGAAGCAGACAGGAUGGAAACCUGUUGUUUCAAGGCUAUAAUCCACCAUAGGGCAGUUUGUGAAGUUAAAUGGCAUUUGUGCCUUAAGAGUUCCUACCCAAUGCCAUAGUGCUCAAUGAAUAGCCUUGCUUGGACAAUUGUAUCUUACAAGUCAAGAUGCAAGCAGGCCUUGUGUCGUAUGAGCCAAGCCAAGAAACAGCCUUCCAAACAUGGCCACAUCUCUGUAGCUGUUUUAUUUCUAACUGGAUAAUGGUACCUGUGUGUCUUCACUUCGCAGUCUGCCAAGAAAUAAAAGUACUGAUGCAGAUGUUAAGAGGUAGCUUUGUUUCUGGGUUUUUUGUUAUAUCGUUAGGCAUCACAGACCACUGUUUUAAUCUGGGUUAGUGGAAUCAGGAAGAUCAGGCUGUGAUAGAUCCUUCAGUGCACAUUCCAUUUGAAAUAAUUGGUCUAGUUAAAAACCAAUGAGAUACUGCAUUAUCCGAGCAUAACCUUUGGUUGAAAGACUGGCUGAAGAGAAUAAAAAGGCAGAUACAGCAUUGCAGGAGCCAAAAUGAAGCAGCCAGAGGAAGAAGCUGUAGCAGGGCUAGUGCUGAACUGUUAUUGUUGCUGUUUCAAUUUAUAUACCACCCUUUCUCAGAAGAUUCCGGGGCAGUGUACAACAUCAAAAACACAUUGCAGAAUAUCAAUGAUAUAAACGUAAUAGCAACAUAAUAAAAAGCAUACUGACAGACAGCCUAAUAAUAAAAUAGUCAUCAUAAUAACAGUCCUUUCCCCCCAAAUUUUCACAGGCCAUAGAUGAUUUAAUAGCCAUAGGCCUGGGUAAAGAGGAAUGCUUUUGCCUAAACACAUGUAAGACAUGUAAUGAUGGCACCAGGCGAGCCUCUCUGGGGAGAGCAUUCCACAGUCGGGAGCCACCACACACAGAAAAGCCCCGUUCUCUUGUUGACACCCUCCAGACCUUUCCCGGAUGGGGGACAAAGAGAAGGGCCUCAGAAGACAAGUACAGGGUCUGGGUCAGUUAUAGUGGCAGCAGGUGGUUGCUGUCCAACAAAUAAGAAAUUUGCGCACCAGGGCUGAAAUUUUAUAAGGCUGAUGCUGAGACCGUCUACAGGAAAGAAGGACUCCAGUGAGGCGGGUGUGUUGUUGUCUGGGCAGCCCAGGACCUCCAAACACACCAUCUUGGCUUGUGCCCUGGUGAGGUCACUUUGGUGCUACAAAUGCAGCAAAAACAACUCAGGAGGCAGCAGUUAUGAAUUUAUAUGUACGCUGGACGUAUGACUUAGGUUGACACUGCAUUCAAUGAGGUCCUACUACAAAUACUUAAUCAUUUUCUGUGUGGAGGACUUAAAAUAAUGAGUAAAAUACAUAAUAGCAAAGCACAGAACAAACAGAAAAGCCUCUCCUAUGUAACGCAUAGAAUGAAUAUAGUAUACAGCAAGCAUGAGUGCACGCUGAGCAUUUGAAAGUACGCAACAACACUAUAUGCUGGCGGCUCCUAAUAGUUUCAUGUGUGAAAAGAUAAGCCAAAGCCAGUUUUUGAUGCUCUGUUAUUUUAAGGCAUUAAUGUACUAUUUGUACAUUUGCCAGUAACCUUAUCUCGCUGCCGCACAUGAUAAUUACAGCAAGGUCCUCCCCACCAGAGACUGUGAGCAUGGCUUCACUUUCAGUCUUAUUUUUGCAAGACUCCUCUGGUUCCAGUAAAAGCUCUUUAUGAGCUUUUCGCAGCUCACACUUCAGCUGUUGUUCAGAUAUGUACUGUGGUGGUUCUCCUGCCCUUUCACCCUACAGCUUCUUAGUUACAUAAGCGACUUAAGCCAUGCAUUGCAUCAGUUGGAGACAUUUUGCACUUGAUCUCUUUAUUUCAUUGUUGUUGAAUCAGUACUCUGUCUGUGUGGAUGUAAUUAAAAUACUGUUUUAUGAGAAUGAAGUUAUGCACUUAAUUACAGGGCCCGGCAUAGGCAUGUACAGGGGGUACACCAUACCGCUGCCUGGGGUCGAAACGAGACCAGGGAACUGAAGGAGGGGAGCCAGAAGUUUUCUGGGACCUCAGAAAACGUUUGCAUAUAUUGUGUGAAGACUAGCAUUUGCAUUUUGUGUAAGACUACAUAAAGAGCGGGUGGCGCUGUGGGUUAAACCACAGAGCCUAGGACUUGCCAAUCAGAAGGUCGGCAGUUUGAAUCCCCGCGAUGGGGUGAGCUCCCGUUACUUGGUCCCAGCUCCUGCCAACCUAGCAGUUCGAAAGCACAUCAAAGUGCAAGUAGAUAAAUAGGUACCGCUCCGGCGGGAAGGAAAACGGCAUUUCCGUGCGCUGCUCUGGUUUCACCAGAAGCAGCUUAGUCAUGCUGGCCACAUGACCUGGAAGCUGUACGCUGGCUCCCAGGAGAUGGGUGGGGUAUAAAUAAUAAAUUAUUAUUAUUAUAGUUGCAUUGUUUCAAAUUAUAUUUGUUAAGGUAUAAUAAAAGGGGGGGGAGCCACUCAAAAUAAGAAAAGAAACCCACCCAGGAUAUUUCAUAGUGCUCUGCUUCAUUAAUACUAUGAAUAGAAGACUGGAUAAUUAUUCAUCUCUGUGUACAGUGGACCUUGGGUUAAGUACUUAAUUCAUUCCGGAGGUCCAUUCUCACCCUGAAACUGUUCUUAACCUGAAGCGCCACUUUAGCUAAUGGGGCCUCCUGCUGCCGCCGCACGAUUUCUGUUCUCAUCCUGAAGCAAAGUUCUUAACCCGAGGUACUAUUUCUGGGUUAGCGGAGUCUGUAACCUGAAGCGUAUGUAACCUGAAGCGUAUGUAACCCAAGGUACCACUGUAUUUUAAUUUGGACUUUCUCUGACAAAAGGAGUAGUUAAUUUGAAAUUAUUGGUUAAAUUAAGAAACAGUGUUGCUCAGAUAUAAUACACAAGGAAAUGUGAAGUCUCUUUUACAGCUGAGUACAGCUCAAGUUAUUUCAAAGUUUGCAGGGGAGCUCUUGCUGCAUUGUUGUCAUUUUGAUCAAACGAGCACAGCUGGGAGCUGCAAUUUUUACUUAUAUUUAUAAUAUUGCUUACAAAUCUGAAACUGACUGAAAGAAUGGUGAAGACUAGAAAGCAUUUUAAAAGCUGGAACAGAGGGAGAUCAGUUAUAGCAUGAGGUAAAGGGCAGUUUUAGACAGUUGAGAUUAGGACCUCUGUGUCUAAGUCUGUACUGGUAUCUGCUGAAGGCUGGGAUUCUAGUGGGAAGUGGCAGAAACUUCCCUACAGGAUCCAAAAACAUGAAAAAGAUAAGUCACAGAGAAUAUUACCUAGCUUGAUGAGUGCUAAAAAGGUGCCUGCUCUCUGACAUGCGUUUACAUCAUCUUAGAAGCAUCAAUAAAAACUGAAACUGAAAUGGUAGAAACUUUUAAAGUGCAUCAUCAAUGUUGUUCUAUUCUUGAGAGAACGUGGUGUAGCAUUUACUGGUUUCAUCCCCUAGAAUUGGAGAUUCAAACAAUAGCAAAUUUUUAGACUCAUUAAACUGCUUUCUAGGUGGGACCCAUCCUUCGAGAAAACUUGCUAAGUGUAGAAGAAAAGGAGUGAGCAGCUUGAAGUUCAUUAUCUGUCCCCUGGCUCACAAAAUGAAUUUAUUGCAGAAUGCCUGAAUCUUGUAAAACAACACAUUUUGCUUGAGAGGCAAUCAGCAAAGUACUUUGCAGUAAUAGUAUAUUCCACACACCAGGUUCCGCCCAUAUUGAAGAAAUAGCAUUUCUUUUCAGAUGUAUACUUUUAAAAGAAACACAGUAUGAGAUUGAAGAAAAAUUUCUCAAGUUUGCAGAUUGUAGCAACAAAAGAGGGGAAGAAAUUGCUCAGUUGAUAACUGAUUCAUUGGAAGAACAUGUUGUUCCUCUCAGUGAUUGUAGAGCUCAAGCCUACAAUAAUGGGGCAAAUAUGGCCAGAAAAUACAACAGAGCACAAGCAAGGAUACAAGAACAAUGCUCAACAGCAUUUUUAACCUUGCAGUUGUCUCACAUUAAACUUAUCUGGAAAUGCUGAUGCUGAAGACAUACAUGAAGCAAAUGUUUUUUGGAACAAUUCAAAUUGUUCAGUUCUUUUCAUUGUAUGUCUGAAACAUGUUGACCAGAUUGUGUUGAAUGUGUAAAACCUUUUGCAACUCACUUGCUUGGCAUGAAAUUGGCACUGGAAUACCCCCCUAGAACUAAAUUUGAUGGACAAAACAGUAAAUGAAGUCCAUGAAGUUUUAUUAUAUGUGACAUCUUUUGCCUGUGUGUUAAUGUCAGCCGUGUGGUACAAAAUAUUAGCUGGCAUAACAAAACACACAUACAACCCCCCCCCAAAAAAAAAAUUUGCUGGCAUAAAUGUUUCCUGCUUGGCAGGGGGUUGGACUCGAUGGACCUUGUGGUCUCUUCCAACUCUAUGAUUCUAUGAUUCUAUGAAAUGCAACAAGGUCAUUCAAGCUAGAGAUGCCACACUGGAUAUUGAAGUAGCAAACAUAGAAGCUCUUCUCACAGAGCUCUUGGAAACAAGAAAUAAAACUCUACCGUAUACUACAGCACACCUGAUGCUCACUUGGAAGAAAGGAAUGACACAGAUGAUACUCCAGAAGAGGCCUGCUUCCGAAAACGUGUUUGACAUUUUGAUAGACCAUGUUAUAGCAGGAUUUUAACCGUUCAUUUCAAUGCUGUUAAGUAGUUGACCGAAAAAAUUGAUUUCUUGUGGAAAUGUCUCACAAUGUCCGUAAACGAUGUGGAGAGAAAAGCUCUAUCACAGCAAUAUCCUGCUGACCUUAAUGGAGAUGAUUUUGGAAAGAAAUGAAACAUUUUACCCACAGCACAUAACACACAUUUGUAAAUCCACAGUUAAAGCCAUUAGAUCUGUUGAACUUGUUAACAGAGUACAGAACUUGCCGACCUGUUUCCAAAUGUUUGUGUUAGCUUAAGAAUACUGUUAACAAUUCCAGCAACAGUAGCUUCUGGAGAGAGGUCAUUUAGCAAACUUAAGCUAAUUAAGAAUUAUUUAAGGUCUGCGAUGUCUCAGGAACAUCUUGUGGAUUUGGCUUGGCUAAGUAUUAAAUCAAACCUUGCCAGAACAAUUAAUUUUCAUGCUGUGAUUCAUUUUUUUUUCACAUAAAAGGCCAGAAAAGCUUUUUUUUUAAAAAAGUAAAUCCUAAGUUUAUCUACCUUUUUUAAACUAAUACUAAUGUCUUCUGAUGAAGUGAUCUGCAUUGCAAUAUAAAAGGAUGUUUCAGUGUAAAUUCUUUCUGCUUAUCUGUAUUGUAGCAUAAACAAAGAUGUUCAAAUCAAAUGUGCUUUCUUAUCUCUGCUCUUCUUUUAUUUUAUAUAUAUUUAUUUGUGGUAACAAGUACUGUUGGUGCAUCUGGUGCGUAUUUGCCAGAGGUAGUUUAGAAAAUUUCAAUAAAGAUUGGGUUGGGGGGGGGGGAGAGAUCUUGUUGCUUUUUAAAUGGAAUUUUUAUCUUUAAAUAUUUUGUUGGAUCUCGUAUCUACCUGGCUUAAGCUGAAAUCAAGUGUUGGUGGUUGUUCUGAGUGCCUCAAAAAAUAAUUCAGGUCUUUGAAGACUAUUGAGUGUUGUAUAAAUUUACUUACGGUCAGGCCGCAUUGCGGCCUGGUCAACGAUCCAGCAGCAGGCCUGGGUCCUGGGGAUUGCCCAGGGGGCGGUCCCAACCAGCCAAUGCUUGGGUCCAUCCCCUGGGAAACAAAUUGAGGCGAGCCCAGCACGGUUGUAUUGGUGUUGUGGUGUUUGGCAAGUGGCACGCGUGUACAUUUUUGUAAUGAAUUUGUUUCCAGUGCAGAACUAGACAUUACAAACAACUGUGGAGAAUGAUGGUUGGGACGGGGGACUUGCAGGAGAGGACUGGCAAGUCAGGAGAGGUGCUUCCCCUACUGCCUGUCAAUUCUGUCCUGCAAAUGCCCCUCCUGGCCAUGAUCAGACUUUCUUUUCCGCCAUCGGCACUCCAAAACCAAAAGAGAGCUUGGCCACAUAGAGCACAAGGGGGAGAAACUGCUCAAGGCGAGAAGUUGUGGUGGAGGGAAAGGGUUGAGCAUCUCUCUUUCCUGCCUUCUGAUUCUCAGCUGCAAGCAUCUCCUAUCCUGUUACUGUUAUCUCUGCAAACACAAGCUUACAGACAUGUAUUUGUCAAACUCCUGUACAGUGGUACCUCAGGUUACAGACGCUUCAGGUUACAGAGUCCGCUAACCCAGAAAUAGUACCGCAGGUUAAGAACUUUGCUUCAGAAUGAGAACAGAAAUUGCGCGGCAGCAGCAGGAGGCCCCAUUAGCUAAAGUGGUGCUUCAGGUUAAGAACAGUUUCAGGUUAAGAAUGGACCUCCGGAACGAAUUAAGUAUGUACCAGAGGUACCACGGUAUGCAGGUCUACCCAAAGAUGUAAAAUGGCUGUUCUUUUCUAAGAGAACAGUUAGGCUGAAGUGUUUUGAACAUACUAAUUGUAAGGCAUAGCCCUCUCAACCUGUUAGCAUUUUUUCUAUAUCCCAACUGUAAACUUUUAUGUCUGUUAAAAGGAAUUCUCCUUUUUCGCACUUGUCCCCCACGCUGACCUCUCCCUCGCCAUUUUCUCUAUCUGUUUGAAAACAACCAUUGUGAGAUUGAGAACAUUUGUCUUGGAGGCUGUGGUGUAUUCCAGGUCAGUGUAACCUCAGGAAGUUGCCUCAUAAAAAGAUGUCCUAUGUCAUCUGAGCCAAAGGAUCUGUCAGCAGAUCAGCUGGAUCUCCCUGUACUGACAAGAUCACAGAUGACUGAGCAUGGAGAUAUGUAAAAUACCCAUGCCCUCUAGAUACAUCCAAGUGUGCCUCCCUUUCAUAACACCAUCUCUCUCAUCGUCACCCAAACAAGGCACAGUGUCUAUUGUGCUUUUCCACGCCAUUUUAAGUGUUCUCUCGCUGCAAGUCUUUUCCAGUGAUGCUCUUAGUAAUCUUUAUUUGCCUUCAGCAGGCUUUUUAGAAAUUAGCUUCCUUUUAGAAAGCUGGCUGCCAGAUGGUCUCUUUUAUAUUUUAGCUUAAUUUAAUCUUGAGGUCAUUACUAUUGGAAAAUAUUCUCUUCUUUGUCAGUUUCGCCCCCUCUUCAGCAAGACAGCAGAAUGAUUUCACUGUCGGUACAUAAACAUGAAUGGCAACUCACUGUGACUGCAUACCCUCAUCUGCUCUUCAGGACUACUUUGUGCAUUAGGUUGUAUAUAGCUCCUAUUAGUUAAUUGCUCAGGAUUUUAUGCUAAUUGCCAGAUAUACAGUAAAUGAUUUCUUAGUUUUGUUUUAUAUUACUUGCUUUGAAACACUCUCUGCGGAACUGGGUUGUAAAUCAUUGCAGAAAACUAAGUUUUGAUUUAUACAGAUAAAAGAGGCGAUGGCUAAUUAACAAUGGUUUUAUUGUAAUGCAUAUACAGCUUUUUUUAUUCCCUUCAGCAUUCUCAUUUCAGUACCAAGGGAUGGUAGUUUUAUGCAUGUGUUGGAAAAAAUACUUAAAAUAUUGGGGGGGAAACAAUACUAAUAUUGAAGGAUGACAUAUUUUGCAACAAACGUGUGCCUGGCCUAUUCCAGAUAACCUACAUUUAGGCAAAACAGCCUAAAGGAAGGUAAAGAGAUGCACAUUCAUUUGUCCUUGGAUGCAUAUGAGUAACUCAAGAUGAAACCACAUGGCUUAUGUUUAUUACAAUUAGUGAGGAAGGAGGGUACAUAAUGUAGAUAUUUACAAUGAAACAAAACCAAAGAUGUGUUUUUAACUGGCUCUUUUCAUCUUACAGUAUUACUUACAGGUGUAAUGGGUCAAAAUAAAUUAAAAAAUUAAAAAAUUGUCCAGUAGCACGUUAGAGACCAACUAAGUCUCUGUAAGCUUUCGUGCGCAUGGACACUUCUUCAGAUACAGUGGUACCUCGGGUUAAGAACUUAAUUCGUUCUGGGGGUCCGUUCUUAAUCUGAAACUGUUCUUAACCUGAGGUAUCACUUUAGCUAAUGGGCCUCCCGCUGCCAUCGCACAUUUUCUGUUCUCAUCCUGAAGCAAAGUUCUUAACCUGAGGUACUAUUUCUGGAUUAGCGGAGUCUGUAACCUGAAGCAUCUGUAACCCAAGGUACCAGUGUACACUGAAACAGAAGUCACCAGGGUGGGGUGGUGUAAUGGGUAUCAUUCACCAUCCAUGACCUUGUAGAUCAGGCAUAGGCAAACUCAGUCCUCCAGAUGUUUUAGGACUACAACUCCCACCAUCCCUAGCUAAGAGGAUCGGUGGUCAGGGAUGAUGGGAGUUGUAGUCCCAAAACAUCUGGAGGGCCGAGUUUGCCUAUGCCUGUUGUAGAUUAUAAUUGUUUCUUCAGAUUCCUUUGUAUGCUUCUGGCAUAAUAAAAUCAUGACUUUGUUCUCAGUGAGAAACUCUGGGCGUUGUGUGUGUUUGCUCUGUUAAUUGUGAAUGGAGUGCAGGAAAAGGAAAGAUAGAAGAGCUCAAAAGCCCUUGAUUAUGUGUGAUGUAUUACUGUUUUCCCUGCAUAAAGUAGAAAUUGUGAGAAGCUUCUUCUCCCCGCAACCCAUCAGAAAGUACCUGUAUAUCUUUCAAGGCAAAGCAAUAGAAGGACAUGGUGGCAUAAAGCACUGAAGAUUGAGACUUAUUUAAAAUUCUUUAUUCCAUUCAAGUAACAAGGGAAGUAUGAACUAUUUCCUUCCAACAGGUUUUUCUGCCCAAAUUCCAUUGAUUUCCUCCCCCCCCCCCUUUCCCUGCCUCCUCCAGCCCUGCUUGGAACUUUUCCAAUCCCAGUCUCUACAGAAGCUCCAAUGGGUACAUAGUUUGUCCUAAGAUUUAUGUCUUCUCUUGUUUAAAACAAAAUGUUUUAUAAUGCCUAUUGGAGCAUUGGGCUUAGCUAUUUUGAACAACUGUGUAAUUUCCACCCUGAUUCUCUUGCUUCUUUCUUCCCUUUUGAAAUUAAGGAGCUGCCACUCGUUUGGAAUUUCCCUACAUUACUUUGUGUGCAUUGGAGUGCUGCCAUUCUUGAAGGGAAAUGUUCAGCUUCCGCGGAGUCUCUAUUUCUGGUUCUUUGUUUUCUUUGCAUGUUUUCUAUAAUAAUAAUAAUAAUGAUAAUAAAAACAAUCAUCAACAUCAACCACCAGGCCAUUGAACUCACAUAUUGUGAUAACCAGUAAUGGUUUCAGGCUGGUAUUUAGGCUGCCUUUUCGGAGCUUCUUGUGGAAUGUUUUUGGGAACCAUAGGGAUAGCUACAAGUUAGUAUUUUUGUCAGCAAAAUGUAGCAAGAAUAUAUCUCAUUACUUAAUCUCCUUGAGAAGGCAAUGGGUGCUAUGAUUUGCUGAUAUUUUCAUUUUAAAAGCAAAUAAUAACAAAAGAGGACUUUUCCCCCAUUGCAAAUGGACUCACUGCAACUUAACAUAUAGGAGUCUUGUUAACUAGAAUGUCAGGUCCUACACGCAAGACAAGAUCUCUUAGCAUUUGAUCUAAAAUGUCCAAUUCACUUUUUUCAUUCUACUUGCACUGCUAAAAAUUAGUACAAAGACCUGUUGAAUAUCUGGCUACAUGUGAACACAUAUAUGAUGAACCCCUCUGAAAACAUCUGCAGGUGCAAUAUCAUAAAAUGUUUCAAGUAUUCACUUGAUUGUCCUCAUUAUUUUCUACUGAAUUUGCUUUUUACAUAUUUGGAUAAUAUGGACAGCAGAGCCUGCCAUUUUCAAAAUGGUGUAAGUUCUACAUUAGAUCAAGUUCUGCCCUCUUCUAGACCUGUGUGUUGAACUAGCCUGAGGAAUGAAGUGUGAUUAAUCUGCCUCUGAUUCUAACCACCUUCGGGCCAUCAAUUUCCCCCAUUUUCUCUGGAUUUAAUUUCUCUAUUUAUAACUAGCAACUUAAAGAGUUGAGAUACAGUCAGACACACCACUAGUCAUUUUGAACAUUUCUUGGGAACCUUUUUUGGCCAGAAGGCUCAACCCCUGGCCCAACCUCUGGUGGACCAAGUUUGACAAGUGAGCAGGGCCAUCCAACUGUCAUCUGAUGUCAUUGGAUGAUGUUGCACAUUGAAGCCCUGUUUGUUGGGACUAAACAGCACAAAGCACAGGGCAAGGCAGUUGCAACGUCCUUUUGCAAACAGCCCUGUGUUGCCUUUUGAGUGCUGUGGUUUUGGGGAAAUGACCUCAAGGGCCAAUUGUUACCCUGAGCAGGCCAAGUUUGGCCCAUGAACCAGAUAUUCUGCCCCCCUGGACUACACAGUAAAGUUAUUCUGUGCCUGAAGUUGGUAGAGAAGGUGAUACUCAUUUGACACGGGGAAAGCUCAUUGGAGGUUGCUACUUGGUUUGUCAUGUUUUUCCUAAAUCCUUCUCAAGAUGUUGUCACAUUAUGCAAUGUGUUGUAGAUGGAGCUGUUUUUGAAAAUGAUCUAGAAACUUCAGUUUGGGAUAUAGUGGCAAGACUGUUAACUGGGACUGGGUGAUAUAAGCACAUCAUGCCCGUGCUUUGCCACCUUCACUGGCUUCCAGCCCGUUUCCAAUCCUAAUGGAAGAUUUUGCAAAGUUUUUAUUAGUUGUUAUACAUAGGGUAUAGUGCAAACGUAGCCAUGCUCUGAUGUGAUCCAGGUGAAUUCACCUGUGUGACUUUAUGCCAGGGGUUGUCAACCUGGUUCCUGCCGCCCACUAGUGGGCGUUUCAGGAUUCUAGGUGGGCGGUAGGGGGUUCUACGGCACAAGCUGAAUCCUCCUUCCAUCGAGCACUGGUGAGCAGUAAGGAAAUUUUACCAUCAAGAAAGAUGCAUUAGUGGGCGGUAGGUAUAAAAAGGUUGACUACCCCUGCUUUAUGCAAUGAAACAAAUGACUGUAAACAACCCUAAAAGUGUAACAACAUGCAACUUGGCUCCCUUAGCUAGGAAGACUCUUUUAAGACAGAGAAAUUUUAAAAUGUAAGGGGAAAAUGGUAACUGACGGCUGAUGAUAAGACUGUGUACACAUGUAACAAGUAGUUCUGGGGAGGAAUGUGUCGUAGCUAUUUUAUCACAGUGAACACACUUGGAAGUCUUUAAAUAUAAAAUAUGAAAUGUGCCUCUUAGAACAAAACAGGGAGGAGAACUAAUGCGUUUUAUAUAUCUUCAUGCUCCAUGGUACUAGAUGGCGUGGCACAGCACAGAAAAUCUCUUACUAAUGCACAGUGUAUUUUGAUGUGUGUUGCUGGCAACUCAUAGAUACAACAUACACAGUGAGCAGAGCUCUUCCACUGACCCUGUACACAAGAAUGCUAAGCCCUAAAGAGGCUUUGGUUCUGACAGUUAAAGGACAUCUGGCAUGGAAAGAAUAUGAACACUGCCAUGAUCUAAUGGGUAACUUGUAUUGAAAAUAUCUGAGAAGCAAACAACAGAACUUUGAUUUUGAUUCACUUUCUUUUAUUGUGCAUUUACUUUUAGCUGAUGCUCCUUUUCAUGCUCUUUUCAAUAACGUCAAAGGCAAACAAAAAAGCGAUAGGAGGAUCACAUAUUUCUGCCCAGUUCAUAUUGUGAACUUGUCACUUUCUUGAAAUCUUACAAACAAAAUUAUAUAUUUCUGAAUGGCACUUUACAGUAAAAAUGUUUACAUAAAAAGUGCAAAAGCUUGGGGCAAAUCCUUGGCGUAUUUGAUUCUGUCCUCAAAAUAUACUCAGUGGUAAGCCUGCUCCCCCAGCUAACAUGCAUUUCUUUCCUUUUGGUAACUGUGUAGCUCACAAAAUAAAACAGAAAACCUUAACCUUGUUUUUAAGUAAAUGCAGUACAUGAAAAAUUGAAGUAUUUUGCAAUUUUCAUGUAUGUUUACCGAACAUUUGUAUAAAUUGUACUUCAGGGCAGGGAAAGGUGUGUUCUUCCAAGGGUUGCUAUGGCAAAGUCAGAGAAUGAGACUCUGGGAAGUGAUUUGAUAAAAGCCUUUUAGAGCUAUUGAAGGAAAUGUUAACUUGGAUGCCAGCAGCAAGACUUCUUUUCUUCGUCACAAUUAAUGAGAUUUGGGGGCAUUUAAUUUCGUAGGAACUAUCUGCUCAAGGGCAUGACAUGUGCCUUAAUAAAUUAAUUUAAAUAACAGUUAUGGGUUAAUUUCUCUUAAUAAAUUGAUUAUACAACAGAAGGCUUAAUACUAAAGCCUAUCACACUCAAAGAACCAGGGCUUUUUAAACAAAACACUGAGUACAAAGUUAACAACUGAAACAAUUCAGUUGUUAGGCAUUUUCCUCACCAGGGAUAGGGAACCUGUGGCAUCAGAUGUUGUUGGGCUCCAGUUCCCAUCAGCCUCAGCCAGCGUGGCAAACAGACAGGGAUGAUGGGAGCUGGAGUCCAGCAAUAUCUAAAUGACCAUAGGCCCCUGAUCUAAACAAUGAAAAGUACACUGGAUAUUAUUCCUGUUUCUUUAGAUUACAGAGUCUUCCUGUGACCAAUCAGCCACACAGGGAGCACUUUAAAUAUUCUGUAAGGUCAUUGGAAGCAUACUGCUCAGGUAAGGUUGCAAGAAGAUGUUCUUAACAAGAUGCAGAAUUCUUCUUUUUUCCCCAUUAACACAAACAGUGUUUGAACUUGUGACUGCGGCUGAGUCAGUAUUUAAAAUGGGGAGCAGCCCUUUGAUAUUCAGGUAGUGGCUCUUACCUAUUUCGUGAAUUGAUCGAAACGAUCUAGCAGAGACAUACUUCCAUGUAAGGACUGACAUUAUUUUUGCCAGGUAGUGAGGUUUUUGAAAAUGAAGCGUUAGAAGUUGCCUUCUUGAACAUGUGAUUUAUUUCCAAACUAAAAUACAGCAGUGGGGGAUGUUAGGUGUGCAACAUCACACAUGCACAGUGCAUACUUAGUGCAGGUGUUGGAAUUGCAUGAGUGUGCCACACAGUGCAACCACUGCAAGAGAUUAAAAAUGAUUACGAAAGCCAAUUUGGAAAAUGUUUGUAUGUAUGAUCUAUGAGGAAUAUCCUAAGUUAUUUUGACCAACCCCUGUGUUGGGAAAGGGAGCGUGGGAAAAGCAGACAAUAUAAGACCAAUGUGUUUUAACAAUGUGAGGCAAAAUUGGAACAAAAUAAAGGGGAUAUCCUGCAGCGGAAAAAGUCUUUCUCAUAGACAGCUGCCCAUUUCAGUUUUCCAUUGCUUCAAACAGAGAACAUUAAGCUGGGUGAGUUUCUUCUUCCUUUCCCAUUUCUGUUCCAUGAUUUCAGUUUCAUUGGACAUGUAAUAUAGAUAGAUACAUAGAUAGAUGGAUUAAUUUCAGUGUGGUUUACAAGUUGCUAAUGCACACAGUGGACAUCUUUCACAGAGUGUUAAAUGUCUUAAAUGGCUUGUUCCACCAUACUUGUGGAAAAACAAGCAUGAGUUCUAGUGCCUCUUUUGCCAUUGUUUCACACACACACUCCCAAUUUGCCCUCUAUUGGACCCCUCAUGUGGCCACACACUUUGCCUCUGCCAUGUCCCUUACAACCACAUCCAUAUCCCAUUGAAUCGCAUCCACAAAGACCUUUCCCUUCAGAAAUGAUGGGAGUGUAGCCAAGCAAUGUCUGGAGAGCCCCAACUUCCCCCCCUCUGACAUAGGGCAUUUUUGCUCUGAGCAACUGAUGGCCUCUGGGCCAAAUCUGAUCAGCCUAGUGUGGAAGUCAGUGGCAUUGGUAGCAAUAGAGCCUGUUGGCAGGCCAAUGUGAGGCGUUGCUGUUGACUUCGCUGACCCAGGGUUUUCUGCUGCAUAAGGGACAAAGAAAAAAACGGCCGUUUUCUUCAGAAAGUAAAUGGUGUGGGGGAGUGUGGAAAUACAAGAUGCCAAUUAUUUGUCUUUUUAAAGUAGCCUCUCUGAUAGUCCCAUUCAUGCAAAGUUUGUCCUUGUUUCCAUAGUGAGGCUGGUAAUUACAACUGCCCUUUAGCAUACUCGAGAAUGGAAAGGGUUUGGCUUCUUUCUUUCUUCUCCCCACCCUUUUGCGCAAGCAGUACAUCUUAUGUAGCAUUCUGAAAAAAGGAUAGAGAGCCAGGUAUUUGCCUAGAUGUCAGUGUGUGCAAUUAGCUGGAGAGUUCCUCUGUGCUCUUUACAUGGCUUAUGGCUCUACCAGCUGGGAGCUUAGUUUAAACAUUUCAACAUUUGGGAAGCAAGCAGGGCUCCAUUAGAGCAAACAGUGAAUAGAAAUAAAGCUAGGAGGCUGGGAUGUUUAUGGUUUCCUUCAGUGCAGAAGUAGCUAAUGAUAUAAACACAGGUUUCUGUUUAAACCUGAUGUGUUUUAUUAAUGAGCAGCUGGCUGCUUUUUCUUUUUCUUCUUUCUGUUUCUGAGCAGGAUAAAGAUUUUGUAUCGCCAAUGCUGGGUAGAAAAUAAAUGGAGUAUUAAUAGCAUACCAGAGUGUGUCAUUUCUGAGAACUCUGGUUAUGUCACCAUUUCUUGAUAACAGUCCUGCCCCACCCCCCACUUUUGAUGCUCAUAUGCAGCUUGGCCUGAGAAACUACAUGUGCAUCGGUCUUGGGUUGCUUGUUUUGUCCGUGUUUGUGAGAUUGUCAGGCCCAUAGUCUGUUGUCAAUCCCUCCAUUAGUCAAGAGAAACUCAGGGUGUGGUGAGGAAAUCAGAAAUAAACCCAGGAAUGUGUUUCUGUAUAGUAGAGAGCCCCAGACUAUACAAGCAAAUUCACGGGAUGUGUAUGUAAUCUAAAAACAUUCUCUCUCUGCCCUCCCCCCGCCCCAAAUCCCAGUGAAGCACAGUAGCACUGCCAAAAUGCUUCUUCCAAAUGUUGGCAGCAGAAGAGCACACAGGUGCAAGCUUUCAGAUGGCCAAGAGUCAAGCAGAAGAGUGGCUUACUGCUUGCCAACCUGGGAGUCAAAUAUAUGAGAAGGGUGCUUCUUCCAGACCAUCCUGGCCAUGUCUUAAGAUCUUCUACAGGAAACCCAGUUGCCUUCCCUAUCCAGACUAUGUUAUCCAGCCGUAAAAGAGGGUUGUUGUUGUUUUUCAGUGACGACACUCUGGCUUUGCUAGCCAGGCACCCACACGACAAUCCUUUGGCUGCCAGGUUAAAAGACUUUAUUUACCCAGUUAUGUUGUUUAAGACAGGAGCGACUAACCCAGUGGCCCUCCAGAUGAUGGAUUCUGAUUCCCAUCAUCCCUAGCUAGCAUGGCCAGUAGUCGGGGAUAAGGCGAGUUGUAGUCCAUUAAAACCUAAAGAGCCACAGAUUAGCCACCUCUGGUCUAAGGUUUAGCUUACAUAACAGUUUUAAUUGCUGCCUUUUCUCAUAUUUGUUGUGGAUAAAUUAUGUAUUAUUAGUUUUUGUUGUACACUGUCAUAGGGUGGAUCGAGACCAGGGGUCAACAACCUUUUUCAGCCAUGGGCCGGUCUAUCGUCCUUCAGACCAUGUGGUGGGCUGGACUAUAUUUUGAAAGAAAAGAAAAAAUGAACGAAUUCCUAUGCCCCACAAAUUCUACUUAUGUAAAAACACGCUGAUUCCCCGACCGGAUUGAGAAGGCGAUUGGGCUGCAUCCAGCCUGUGGACCUUAGGUUGCCUGAUCUAGACAAUGGAAAAACCUGCUAUAGAUAAGUCAGAAAUUAGAUUGUUAUAACAAAAGAAAAAAUUCUUUAUGGAAAAUUGUGUUUUAACAUUUUCUGCUCUCUGGCGCCAUCUGGUGCUGCAUGUUUUUAGCACAUUCAAAUUGCUGUUUCUUUACUAAUGUCCUUGGAUUCUGAACCCAACAAAAAGUGGCAUAUAAAUGUUUACAAAUAAAUAUUUCAGUAGACUGCUUGGGCUUUGAAGUUUAAAUGGAGAGUAGAUUUUGUGGGAAAUUGUGGAGAAAUCAUCAGUUCCAUCACAAUAUGCUGAAGCUGCAUAUUGUGUUCUGUUGUGUACAGAAUUGUGGUAUUUUUAAUAGUGUAAUUUAGCUUGUGUUUUCUGUGGUGUUUAUGAUGAAAAGCUGUGUAGGAUGGUUUUUAGAAAAGGUGCUGAAAUAGUCUUUUAAAUUGUAUUAAACUGUAUGUAAAUACCGGUAAUGGUGUGGUAGUAUGUGAGAGUGAGUUUGCAUUCUUUUGCACUUGGGUCGCUAGUGUUGCAUUGAUAACCCAGUUCUAACAAUAUCAAUAUCCAUGGAGUGGUUAUCUAGAUUAUUUUUAAUGAUUUGGCUGUGAUUGUAACAAAGAGCACAACACUGGAGAUAAGUGUUGGGGGAAGUGAUUCUGUUCCAUCAGGAGAAGACAUGGGCUGUUUAAAAAAGAGAGAUCUCACUUCCCAACUUGCUUUUCCUGCUUUUAAGGCUUUUCUCGGGUUUCUAAUUAUUAUUAUUAUAUUUAUUUAUUUAUUUAUUUAUACCCCGCCCAUCUGGCUGGGUUUCCCCAGCCACUCUGGGUGGCUUCCAACAAAGUAUUAAAAUACAGUAAUACAUCAAACAUUAAAAGCUUCCCUAAACAGGGAUGCCUUCAGAUGUCUUCUAAAGGUCUGGUAGUUGUUCAUCUCUUUGACAUCUGGUGGGAGGGCAUUCCACAGGGCAGGUGCCACUGUCGAGAAGGUACAGUCAUACCUCAGGGUUGAUGUAGCUUCGGGAUGAAUAUUUUUGGGUUCUGUUCCACGGCGACCCAGAAGUAACAGGUUUUGCUGCUUGCACAUGCGCAGCUGCUCAAAAUGACAUCCUGCAUAUGCACAGACGCACAGUCGCGUGUUAUGUUUGCUUCAGGAUGCGAACGGGGCUCCGGAACAGAUCUCGUUUGCAUCUAGAGGUACCACUGUAUAUGUAAUAGUUGGAUGCUUUACAAGCAUAAUGUUGCACCAGGCACAAAAUGUAUUCCUUCUUGAUAGCUGAAUUACUUGAAUUUCAAAGAACCUGAAAAGUUCUUUGAAAUAAUGAUAAACCUUAAAAAGAGAUCCAGGUUAAAAGUAUGUAAUGUGUUUCCCAUACACUCCCCAUUCGCCCCAUGGAAUGGAGUAUAAAUCAAAAUUUUGACUGCAGGAAAAGAAUUUACAGGCAGCUUGCUUUUGUUUAAAGACUUAUUUCUCAUGAGGCUUUAUAUUUCAAAUAUGAUUGUACAUGUGUUCACUUGUGUACAUGAAUUCUUAUAUCUGAAGGAAGGUAUCCUUUGUUGUUGCUUGAGGCUCAGGUGGCCACGGUGUCACGAAGUGCCUUCCAUCAGCUUUGGCUAGUGUUCCAGCUGUGCCCCUAUCUGGACAGGGACUGCUGUUGUUUAUGCUCUGGUAACCUCUAGGUUAGAUUACUGCAACGCGUUAUACAUAGAGCUGCCUCUGAAGAUGGUUCAGAAUUUGGUGGCCAGGUCGCUUUGAACCUAUUCCCAGCCUGACUGCACUGGCUGCCAUUAUCUUAUGAUUGAAACAUUCUACUUCACAGACAAACUAGCCCAUUUGUACACAUCCCUUUUGAAAUAAUGGGUUGCAUUCAGAUUGCAGUGACUUAUUAUUGUUAAUUAUUUCUUCAUGCAGGUAAUGUUUUCCCAACAUUCAGUUUGCAUAUUACCGUGGCUGCUAGCUAAUGUGUAUGCAAACUUUAUGUAAUGUCUUUUUUCAAAUCUCUGCUUGCAUAUACUGUAAAUACUGUGGCUCUCGUGACAUUGGGAAGAACAGUUGCUCUUAGCAUCCUAAAGUAUUUAGCUGCUUUGAUAACUCAUGACCAGAGUCCAUACAGACCAUUCCGUCAUUAUUUCCAAUGAUUCCAGUGUGUGCAUUAAAGCUCUCUUUAUUUUCCCCUCUCCAAAUGUAGCUCAAGAGUACUGCACUCAGUGCUACUCCAAUCUAUAUUUAUUGGGGUUUUUAAACAAAUGAUUCGUGUAUAAUUGUUUUGCCAAUCACAAAUCCCCUUGAUGUUGCUGAAUGGACUGGAUUUGGGAAUGAGAGGAACAUAGCAAAUUUUCACAGCUAAGAGAGAAAGAGGUGUUUGUAUCUAUUUGUAAUCCUAUUUAAUGAGAGUGGCGUUUUCCUUUUGUAGAUAUGUAUGAAUCAAGUUAAUCCUUAGGAAAAAUGCUUGUUCAGUGUAGCAAGCUACUAAAAGGUUAUUUUGCACUCUCAGCCUGUUGUUAUGACUCUUCAGAUUGGCCCACUGCCAUGAACACCCCCCAAAACCUGGAAGCAGGCAGAGUUUGGUUUCUCACAGAUCCUUUUCAGAGGGGUUUUGAUGCAUGGUCUUCGCAAAUUGACACUGUCAUCCUGCAAUGGAUGAUAGUACAGAGAGUUACUGUUUCCUUUUCAAACUGUAAAGAAUGCUAGUGGUCGCAUUGAAGCAGGAUGGAUAGAUCAGGUCCUGGGUUUAUUAUCCUGGCUUGUUAAAUACAUGUUAAAUCAGGUUAAUCGCUCUGAAUACUCACAAAUGAAUUUUCCUUGAGAACUUCUGUGUAAUGUGAUAGUGAGUGUGAGAGAAGUGCUCCUCUAGAGUAAUCCCAUUAAACAUAGGGGUGGCUGUUAGCCCAGGCCUCCCAGUGAAUUUAUCAUAUUUCCUUCUGUUCUUCCUGUAUCCUGCUUAUUUGUUUUGGAAUUCUUCAAUCAACUUUCAAAACAUUUCUAAAAUCUUUGGCCUUCCAACUGUGUGCUUGUUUAGCUAGAACAGAAGGUUGAGCGAAAAGAAAGCCCAACGUUCAAUGUCUAUAUUAGACAAUAUUUUUAUGAUGGGAGGAAGAAACUUAUAUGCUAAAAUGGGCACCACAUUGACAGUAUUGGUUGAUACCUUUGGGUAUUAGAAAUUCCUGUAAAAUACUGUAUGUUGCCACUUUGUUCAUACGCCUGAGGUGAUAAAGAUGUACAUGUAGAUAUGAAAUUGGGCUUGAAUAUACUCAUGACAAACAUGGGAAAUUAUUUCAGGACAGAUCUGAUGAACCUGCAGUAAGUAUGUCUAGAAAUAUUGUCCUAAGAGUGUUAAAAGUAAUAAGAAUAAUAGGUCUUCUUAGGAGGUGGCAAAUUAAGUAGUAGCAGUAGGACUGUAAUCAUUAUGAUUGGGUACCCAAAGUGUUGGGAGAACAAAAUUCUAUGCUUGAGGAAUAGUUUGUUAUAAUGGUUUUUGUAACUUGUUACACAAAGAAUAAGUUUGUAUGUCCAAUUGUGCUCUUCUGUUUGUGAAAAGACUUUUGACCAGUUGAAGCCUUCCACCAGUGGAAGUUGUGGGAGGGUGAUUUUUGUUGAUUUCCCCCUCCUUAAUUUAGCCAUGUGUUUCUCAAACUUGGAUCUCCAGCUGUUGUUGGACAAAAACUAUCAUCAUCCCUAGCUAGUAGUACCAGUGGUCAAGUAUAAUGGGAGUUGUAGUCCAACAACAGCUGGAGAAAUACUCAUAGCCCGCCUGCCCCCCCCAAAAAAAACCUGCUCCAGAGAGUUUAGGAAACUUUCCAGAAAAGUGUGGGAGUGUGGAAAGUAGCAAAAAAGAACCUCACCUCUUGGUUAGCAGAAGCCGUCACUAAAUCAAAGGAGGAUUCUUUUAUUUUUAUGGAAGCAACUCACAAUGGAGGGGUGGACUCAGAACUCUUUAUGUUCAGUACAAGUAAAGGUAAAGGGACCCCUGACCAUUAAGUCCAGACAUGGACAACUCUGGGGUUGCGGCGCUCAUCUCACUUUAAAGGAUGAGGGAGCUAGCAUCUGCAGACAGCUUCCGGGUCAUGUGGCCAGCAUGAUUAAGCCGCUUCUGGCAAACCAGAGCAGCGCACGGAAACGCCGUACCUAUUUAUCUACUUGCACUUUGACGUGCUUUUGAACUGCUAGGUUGGCAGGAGCUGGGACCAAGCAACGGGAGCUCACCCUGUUGCAGGGAUUUGAACCGCCGACCUUCUGAUCAGCAAGUCCUAGGCUCUGUGGUUUAGACCACAGCGCCACCCGCAAUCAAAAUGGAAGAGAAAGAAACUAUUGCAUAGUGAUCCACAUUGUGCCACUGUGGAAUAGAAGGAGAUACAGUCAGCAGAAGUAAACUUGGGCAAAAGUGGAAAGGAUGUUGGCUGUUUCUUCUGAAUUUGUUUUUUAAUCAAACGUGCCCUCUCUUUGCAUGAAACAAUCCGUUUUCUCUUAAAUUCAGUAUAUAUGCAUCACCCUUUUCUGCCAUCCCAUAUGUUUAAUAUCUGUGUUUAAAACACAGUGUUUUGUAUGUCACCAGGGGCUUUAAGAAUGACCGGAUUUUUGUUGUUGUUGCAGCUCUUAGGCAUUAA